GCAGAGGGGAGGUAGGGUCUGGCCUGUCUUCUAUAUUUAACUCGAACUGAAAGCGUCUGCUGCUGCGUGUGGCUCGCUCUCUUUCUGUAUGUGUGGACUCACGUAGCUGUAUGCACCGUUAUUCUUUCACGCUACGCGCUCCGGACAAGACUCCAGUGAACAGGUAAGGAGGCUGGACGUCACACUGGCUCGAGGAGAGGAGGGAAACGGCGGUAUACCGUUCAUGAAAGAUGUUUUGUAUUCGACGAACAUGUAUCAAUAUUUCUCACUGCAAUUUCUACAUCACCCUGUGCGUAAAAAUCCGUGCGUAAAGCUACAUUACCCUCUAAAGCCAAGCACGUGAGGCUGCGCUCCGCGGAUACAUAAUCUCAUUCUAACUUCCGUUGCUUCUCCGGCUCGGUGGACCGACCUAGUUUGCAUGCUGCGAUUUCCCAGUUGGUUUAAACUAAGGCACACUUGUAUUUCAAGGUCAAAAAUGAGGUACGUAAGUAGCUGCUUCCGUUUUAUAUCCUGCUUACUUAAACGUUUCGACUCUGUUAUGGUUUUAUGAUCUGUUUAUCAUGCUGAAUAUGUUCAUCACACCCUUCCGUCAACACCUGCAUACUUUCUUACAUAUCUCUGCGUCAUGACAGUGGUGAUAAUGUCACGUAUGUUUGUUGACUGUAGGAUCAUUGAAGGAGUCAGGCGGACCUCAGUCGCUCUCUGUCUGGCACGCGAUUAGUUAAACAUGAUCCUCAUAUUUCAGCUGUCAUGUGUUUGCGUGCCCUUGAGCGCCUACGACUUGGUCAGAAUUUAGCAUGUGGUGGAAGUUGAGUAAACAACACCAGGAGGUCAUUUUGUAGUACCCUCUAAAUGACCCUACAGUUGAAGGACUGCAACACCAUCUGAUUUUUCCUGGAUGGCCCAUCAAUAAAUACUCUUCAAUCUGUCUAUUCCUUUGAUGUUUUCCAGGUAAACACAGAGGCAUCCUACUGGCACAAGCCAUGGAGGGGCUCUACUUUGAAGUAAAGCCCCGUAAAGAUGAACCCUCCAGGCCAAGGAGCUCUGAGAAACCUCCUCUACGCUUAACCUCAAACCACCGCUCAUGUCCUUCACUGCCACAUCUCUCCUCUUCCUCAGCAUCUUUUCAGAAACUCACCUCUGCUGGGAAGAGGAUUACAACAUGGAGGGGAACGGUAGUGGAAGAGGGAGAGGAAGAAGAGGAGGUACAGUACAAACUGACAUUGAUCGGUUCUCUGCCAGUGCACCACUUGACCACCAUGGCCAUGCUACCCUGGGUGGUGACCGAGAUCAGCAGAUGUCUCCCUGCAGAGAAGGACCAGGGUCGUUCUGGGUCUACAAGUCCAGGAGGUGGACAUCAGGAUACCUCUAUGUUUAACCACACAGUUUUUCUGUGUGUGUCAGCAUCAUGGGUGCGAUGUAUGUCCGUUCUGGGAGACAAAGUUGUCUGGGACCCUCUGACACACACUGUACUGUUUGAAUGUCGACCUCACCAGGUGACCAAGCUCAUUCACAACAGCCAGGAGCCCCGCAGCUUUGGCUGCCUGGUUAGAGAAGAAACAAACUGCGCCUGCUAUGUUUUCCAGUGCAAGGACAGCACCAAGGUAGGAGUGUACGGGUGCACACAUGAAAGGGUAAACACAAGCUUCUCACCCUGUAGAUGUAUAGUAUAUGACAGGUGAAAAGGUGUAAUGUGAAAAACAGCCAUUAAGGGGGUAAAGUAGCCCAUUAAAGCCAUAGCUGAUGUCAGAUCUGAUGAGACAACUGAAAGAAGUCUGUAGAAAAGAGCACAUCAUCAACAAAUUCAGUUAUAGCAGGAUUUAUCAACUGUAAAAGAAAAAAACUGAUAAAAACCAAUUUAGAGAAUUCAGAAAAUGCCAAAUAAUCUGUGCUCCAAUGGCAGCUGCGCAGCUUAACUAAACACCACAUGAGUCAGAAGGACAAAUUUAUAAUCCUGGAAAAUGGAUCAAACAUAAAACUAAACACAAGCUGUAGCCUGUAGAUGCUAGCAGAUAAAAGACAUGAUUUAUCAUCUCGGAUAAGAGCUCGGAGCUCAGAGAGGAAGCAGCCUAGAUAGGAUAAGAAACAGGGAUCAGCUUGACUGAAAUCUCUUUAUAUUUAGCAACAAAGCUACAUGACUAUUCAGUGUGACCGCAUCAGCAUUUAUUAUGACAUCCCUGGAAGAUCACACCGUGGGGCUCGUGCACGGUGUGCUUUCCUCAACAAUGCCAACAAACACAUUCCCGCUCUCUGCUGUGCAACCACACACUACUGACCUCUAACACUUUCAACUCUCCUCCACAUGGCACACACUGUCGCCAGCCUUUGUGCAAUGUAAAGCUGCAGCAGGUGCCAGCAGAGCCAAGCUUGAAACAUUGAUAGCUUCAUCAUCCCAUGCCAUGCCCUGAAUGCCGAAGACUUUGAACAGUCGGCUGAAAAAAGAGUCAGUGAGGACACAGAACCCUUAAUUGGAAAUUAGACGCAUUAGAAAAGUCAUGAUGCAAAAUGAAUGCUUGCCCUUUAUCACCCCCUUUUUUCUUCUCUGGACUUGUACAACAAGUACCUGCAUGCUCUGUAGCUAAAUGAACAACCAGUAUGUGCUGUGAUGUGUUUAUACAUAUCCCUGCAUCUACUGUUUGUGGUGUAAAUGUACGCAUACGGAUUAACGUGCACUUUGGUAGACGGUAAAAAUACAGGCUUUUUGUGUUUUUGUAAUGACUGUGCAAGUAUAUGUCCUGUAAAAGUAAUGAGCUUUCUUUACACGACUCAAGCAGGAUGUAGAGACAUGUUACCGUGGCAACCACUUUCUGUGGCCCACCGCCUGUUUUGAUGUGGUGUAUGUGUGUGUGUGUGUGUGUGUGUGUGUGUGUGCGUGUGUGUGUGUGUACUUGUUAUUCCUCGUCUCACUUCAGUACUUCCAAGAAUGUGAUAAUGAUGUCAGGCUGGCCACCUGUUGCUCUAUCUCUGUCACACUGGGCUCAGACAGACCCAUGCGCAGAUUUGCAUACACACUUGAUGAGUGUUAAAGCGUGAAAAAAACUAUUGUAUACAUACAGGUAAGUUUUUAACAGGGUAAAGGUGUCGGAUGGAUUUCAGAGGCGUGAAAGCCUUGUUUUGGUCUUCAGGAACCAAACUAAACCACUGACAGUGCUCGAUCAACCACAUAAUCGCUGUUCAUGAAAGUGUGACGAAAAUGAAACUGCUAGUAACAUCUCCUACACUCGCAAGAACAAGUCAUGCAAAAUGUGAUUGUGAGUGUAAAUUAGUGUACAAAAGCAUGAACUCUGAGGCUUCCUCGAUAAAAAUGUCACUUAAAAUUAGCCAAGAAGAGAAGAACACAACAAGCCCUUGUGAUAGUUAGUAUGCACCAUCUUAUCUACCAUGGAUUGAAAUUGCUUUUCUCAGAUUGUAGAUGUUUGUCUCCACUGUUGUGUGUUCAAGAUGGAUCAGAUACUGCAGGAAACUAUUCAGUCUUUGAGCUGAAUAAUUCUUUGACAGGAGUUUGCAAAAAAAAAUAACUUGCUUUAAAAGAUGUGAGUUUUUUUCUCCCUUUUGCAGUUAAUCCAUAUGAUUUUGCAGUUUUAAAAUGUUAUGCAAAAUUCAAGUCCUAUUUUAUAAUGAUGAGUUCAAACAAUGAUGAUACGAUGGUGAAACUUUGAUGCAAAGAAAAUACAAACCACCACUUCUUUGUUGCUGGAGCACCUCCUGUGCACAUCAUGGAGGAUAAAACAUGUAGGUAGGAGAAAAUGUAGAAAUGACAGCUUGAAAUGUAACAAGUAAACAAACUUACUGACUUGUGUGUACACCUUUAUUUUUAAAAGUGUGUGACAAACUUUUGGUUUAUAUUGUUAAAUGUGAGGGUUUGUGGUUCAAACCAGCUGUUGUUGAUUGGUGUUUGAGAGUGAAAUCUUGGUUUUUAGAGAUUGGGGUUGAUUUCAGUGUUAGAUAUGUAGAAUUAAUAUUGAUUUUUGAGGGAAGGAAAAGCAAGAUGUCAGUGUUGGUAAUCACUUGUAGAAAGAUAAAAAACAUGGGCCUGUGUGUAUCAGUAAAGCCUUGGAAGAUUAGGAUUUACUGCUGUGCUGAACUAUUCUUAAAACAUAUUUAAUCAGAUAAGACGUAUAGGUUAUUUCAUACAUACCACAGUCAUAAUUCAUUUUAAGAUCUCUAUUAAAAGAUAUCAGUUAAGAUCUUAUUCACCAGCUACAAUUGUACGAUGUCCAUUUUGGGAAUAAGCCUUUGCCGUAUGACUGAACAUGUCGUAUAAAAGGAAAAAAAACUUCUUACUCGGUGAGAGAAGACAGGCACUCUUUGAGGUGGGGUUUCCACUGCUGCUCGUAAAGUCAAAAGUUACCACUGGGUGUCCCCACAGCAGUGAACAAAGUUCUCUACGUUUCAGUGUAAGGGAUUGCUCACUGAUUUUUGGGUUGUUUCUGUACAUUUAUUGCUAUUUUUUUCUCUUACCAGCCAGUUAUUCAUUUAUUAUUUUUAUCUUUCCUUUCCUCUUUCAAAAUGACUAUAGAUUACAAAUGGCUAUACCUUUUUUGUUUGUAUAUGGCUUGCAUCUUUGUUAUUGCUGUCUCAACAAAAUUUGACCAUUUGGCUCUAUAUAUGUAGACUAACAACUGAAGACAUACUCUUAAUAAAGACUGUGACGGAGAAAACAGCCACAUGUAUGUAUAAACUGAGUUGUAGCAAACUUUAAACUUCAUGUGUGUGAUAUAAUUUGCUCCCUUCUCAACAUUUGAGAGGAAUGUAAUGAUUGACUUUGGCCACAAAUAACCUAAGGGGUCUUUGUUGUUCAGUAAAAAAAAAAAAAAAAGUUGGAUGUUCCUUUAUUAGUCCCACAGGGGAAAAUUCCAAAAAACCCUUUCUAGAAAGUAGCGUGUAGAGCCACCUAACAAAAUGUAACCAGUUUAGUACAAAAGCUUUUGUGAAAUAAGGUCAAACACUGACUAAAGUAGAAAACUUGUGGGCCAUGAAGUUCGCCUUUUCUCACAGCUGCACAACAUCCCAUGGGUGUUCAUAGCUGCUUGGUUUGGCCUGCUGUAUCUCCAGACAGGAAAUGUUGUUUGUGUAUGGGCCAUGUCAACGUAAUUAUAGUCACAAUCUAAACAGUCUCAUAACGGUAAAGUGGAAACCACCCCAAAAUCUACCGCCUCAAUUUGACUGACCCGGGACAGGAACUGAGCCCACCCUGUUCUCUCAACGUAUUGGUGGAAUUAGCCUGGAUAAAUUCACCACAGUUGGCCGGAAUACAGCCGGAAAUAAAUCGAUAAACAUUCAAAAUAAAAGCAUAAUGUUGCGCUUUAUACGGAAUAUCAAUGUGAAUUGCUCGAGCGUGUCUUAUUUUGAAAUUUUCAAACCGGAUGUCUUUGGGCCGUAUUGGUCAUCUCACAGUAGGCUCCUCCAGCUUCAGGGAGAAAAAUCCACUUUCCAAUGAAAUAAUAUUGAAGUGUACCACACUGCCAGAAGCGACUCACGGGAAAACUAACCACCACUCAGGUCUUGGUUUUGUGAAGUUUAUGGCGGAUGGGAUGAAAGCGCGACUCCAGAGACUCAACUUGUUCAACCUUAAACAAGAGCAGAGAGAUGUAAGUGAAGUUUAAAGGCGGUGUCGGUGUCUGUUUGGUGAAGUUUCAGUGCCAUGCUAAGUGGACAGUUAAGCUAACGUGAACAGAGGUAGUUAGCAAACUUCAACAUUAGCUGAACGAGCACUACAUGCUGUUAGCCAAUCUUAAAGUCGAGAUAUAUCAACAGAACAGUCACAGGUUCCUUAUUAAUGAUAAGAAGAGGUAGUUUUGAACAUUGUGUAUUAACUUUACAUUUCCAUGCAAAGUUACCUGACUUACAAUGACUGUCUGGAAGUCAGUGUCUCUGUUUGCGUGACAGUGUUAUGUGAACUUUAACAUACUUACUGCUAUUUUUUCUUUAAACAUAUGCGAUUUCUGGAUUUGUCGUAUUUGGUCAGGCAGUGUAGCAUUGCUUUAACUGGCCAAGCAGCAAAAGGUAGAAAAUAUUAUUAUUGAAUAGUUGAUGCUCUUGUGUUGGAUUUAUAGUUCUCUGCUAUGACGGCUGAUCUUCAGACAGCUUAAUAAGGCUUAAUCACAUAAUAAUGCUUUAUUAUGUGAAUGAAGCGUCAAUGUUUUGAACUGUCCUGAAAGAAACAAACAGGUGCAUGUUUGACAGGUAAUGACAAAGAAAUGUCAAAGCCACAUACAGCUUUAUAACUUCAUUGUUGUUGCAAAGCUUUGUGAUUGUGUAGCCAUUAUUGUGCCAAAAUCUCUACUUAAAUGCAUAGUUGUUUGUGGUUUUCUCUGCUAUAUAUAUAUAUUUUGUAAUGUAGGAUGUUGUACAAAAGUUAUCUGCUCAUUGCAGUUGCUUGUGUGUUUGAUUUCCUGACCUGUUUUUUUGUUUUGAGGUAGGCGUCCCUGGCAGUAAACUGACCCACUAAGCUUUAGUUCAUAGACCUUUUAGAUCACAGGUGUCAAACUUAAGGCCUGGGGGCCAAAUCUGGUCCGUGGAUCAAUUAUAUCUGGCCCACAAGAUCAUAUCAUAUUUGUAUUAUUAUUGGCCCACCAGUAUGAAGUCUGCAGAUUUCCUCCAGUAUAAUAAUGUAAACUUGAGCACUAUCAUCUAAAAUAUCCUUAAUAAGCCACAAAAAUCUGGGAUAUUAAAGAGUAAAGGUAGAUUUCAUAAAUAGUCAAGAAUGUGGGGAAAAUUUAUUUGAUGUUUUAUUUCAUGUUUUCAAUUUUGCAUUUCAAGAUUACAAGUCAAACAUGAUUGGAUUUUUUAUUUCAUGCUUUGAUUUGUUCAACUCAGUAUUUAGACUUGUUUUGUUUUUAUACUUAGUUUUGGUGAAAUGUUGACCCUCCUUGGCCCUCAGGUUAGACCUAAAUCCAGAUUAUGGCCCUUGCUGUGGUUAAGUUAGACACCCCUGAUUUAGAUGUGUGCUCUGAGCUGUUGUUACACAUUUAUGUAGGGCUGGGUGAUAUGUGAAAAAGUUCAUCACAAUAUAUUUUUUUAUAUCAGUCAAUAUUGAUAUCACGAUACAAAAAAAAAUCCCUUGUCAAUCUUAAAUGUUUCCUGUUACUCUUAAAUUAAAUUGAACAGUGCUUACUGGUAGCAUGUCUUUUGCGACACAAAAAGCUACUGUAUCUGUGAGGUCUUUGUGUCUCUUGUCAUAAGGCAAAGGCUUUGCACUUGCUCCCCUCAGGGACAUGACACAGUUUGCAGUGCACACUACUCUGCUUUAUGUCCCACCUCAAAAAAACCAAAAUACCUCCACACCACAGAUGUUUUCGUGCCAGUGUUGUCAACAAUGUCGUCAUCUGUUGAGUCUUCAUCUGCAUUUCUGCCGGGGGUACCACUCUUUUUUUCUCACCGGCAGUGCUAUGGUUGCAUGUAGCUGCAGCCUGCUACUACCCAGUUUUUUGCUACUUGGUUCUAAUUCAGACGGACCCAGAGCAACUCCCCUUUUCAUUUGCUAUUCGUAUAAUCUACCAAAACAUGGCAAAAUGCGGGCUAUCGAAAAGCAUAUUGACCCUGUUUUAUAUUGAUAUUGAGGGAAAUUAAUUUUUGAUAUCAUUAUCAUUUUAUCACCCAGCCCUACAUGCAGGGAUGCAUUCAUUAAUUUCACAACAUUAAUAAUGUAUAGAAUCUCAUGAAUAUUCUCUUCCCCUUGAAACAGAAGUAACGCAGAAAUAAAACAGAAGAAUAGAAAAAUAAAGGAAGAUCACCAAAAAUUCUACUUCUCCCUUUUGAAUUCAAAUCAUGUUGAAAUAAAUUACUUGCUUCAAUAUUACACAGUCAGGAAUUAGCUUUGCUCGGGUGUGUAUUGUUAUGUGGUCAUCCUGCAGAUACUCUAUCAGGUUUGAUGGGUUCUACCCUCUAGCUGCAACUUUUUUUACAACAGCUUUUGUAGACAGGUGAUCUAUCAUCUCAAACACACUCAUCGGUCAUUCUAAAUGGAUCUGAUGUACUCCUGCACUGCUGACUCUGCGUGUAGCUGGCAGAAACAAGUUUUGGCUGCUUGGUCCCCUCAGAUAAUUGUCACUUUUAUUCAUGAUCAAACACACGCUGUUCACUUCACUUUGUUAGACCAACUGAUUAGUUAAUUCUUGAAGGAAAAUUGAUAAAAUGAAAUUCAUUAAAGAAACGAGCAGUAGUCCCAGUCUUAUUUGUGUCAGAUCAACCUGCACAGUGCAUCAUGCAUGUAGGAGGAUGUCUGGUUUUCUUCCUUCUUCAUGAUGUUUCUCAACACGACUGUCGAAACAGUACAUUGUCAUUCUAGGUGUUAAUAUGUCUUUUUUUCCCGUUUUUUACUGGGAGGAUUCUUGUUCUGUUAAGCUUACUGGCCAUCAGACUUCAAUGAAGAGGAGUGAGGGAAAAUCCGGUCUGCUUGGCUGUUGUAAACACAAGCACAGAGUAGGUGUAUGAGUCAUGGCGAUAUCACCUCCAAAGCCUUUGUGCUCAUGCCAGGACUUCACUCCUGGACCAGGCAGGAAGUUAAGUAUGCCAUAUUAGUCACAGAGUCUGUCUCAAGCUCUCACAUCCCUCUUUAAUAGCUGGUGUUACAUCUAUAUGCCUUUUUUAUGUGAUGCCAAAUGCAGAAGAACAUUCCUUUUUGCAGUUGCUUCUUGGUUUUCAAAUUAUUUGAGUAAGAAACAUUUGUGUAUAGAUUCAUAAAGAGCUCUAAGUUUAGUGACGAUGUUGAUGAGGGGUGCCAGGAAGUGAGGUUUUGAUGCAAAAUGUUGGUUAUAAAUUCUCAGUGAUUAUUAGCCUGAUUUUUUUAUGAUUGAAAAAAAAGUGAGGGAGAUAUAUGAGGGUCUCUGAUAAAGCGCGAUAAAAUCGGAUGCAUUAUUAUUAUUAUUAUUAUUGUUAUUAUUAUUAUUAUUAUUAUUAUUAUUAUUAUUAUUAUUAUUAUUAUAAUGUGGUUUCAAGAGUUGAACUUGAGAGACACUGGGGCGGGAUUUUAAAUGGCCUUUUUCCUACUCUGCCAUACGCUCUCCUUACAGUCCCCUUGUCUCACAUGCCUCUCCCUCCCUCUUCAUGUGACACAGUCCCCACACUGGAGUAAAAACAAGCCCAUAAAUUUAGGGCACCUUUCUGUCUUUAUAUAACCCAUAGUCUGUCCCCUUCAGUUGUGGGUCUGUUUUUUGUCCAUUUGUCAAGCAGUGUGUUCUUUAUUUUUUUUUCCAUUGCCUAGCCUGCCAUCCUGUCAGUCUUGGAGCUGCUGCCUAAAGACUCCUCAGUCCUUUGAGAUGAGACCAUUGUGGUAAUCAGUGAAACUUACUGACCUAAAUAUUUCAUAGCCAAAGCACUCAUUCUGACUCAGCACAGCACUCUGACAACAAGCCCCGACACUGUGUCCCUGUUAUCACAUUUGAAUGAGUUCGUCAUCUCUGCCUGGCUUGUCAUUGUGUUGUAAAGUGGCCCCUUAAUCCUACCACAGUCAUGCCAGUUUGUGGGACUCCCUUGUGUCUAACCAGUCCAGCCACCCUGUGACACUUCCUGCUCUGAGACUACUCCCCAAACAUGUUCUGUUUUGUGCUUCACCGUCUGUUAGUGAUGGUCCUUGUCUGUUGUAUGGCCCUCGGACUUUGAACUUCUGGGAGCUCUGGCCAUGCUCCACAAGUCACAAGAUCCAGGCACAUGACCACGGGAAGUGCCGGAUGGGAACUUUUCACUGGCUUGUCAUCCUUGUUUUUAAUGUGGCCGGCUUGUGUGUCACUGGGCUUUUAGGGACAUUCAUCUGUAACACCUUCCUCUUGACAUCUCAAGUCAAGCUUACACGAGUGAAAUGUCCAAUUAUAUUGAGGCGGAUUUGCCUGACAUUUUCUCUAGUGACGUAUGAGAGAGUUGCUUUUCUGGUGAUGUAGCUUUUGUAUGUUUUACAUCUUUGUUGAUUAAUAUAGGCUUUUUAUAGCAAGAAUUGGUAAGUCAAUGUGAAAUUCGUAAUAUUGUGUAUAACACUGGAUCGUUAUGUUUUUCUGUGGCAUCAUCUUGAUAUGUCCAUAACAGAUACGAAAAUGCUGGACAUGUAAAUAAGAUUAAAAAAAACAUGUUUGGGAGAUUAAGAAUUAGAUAAACAGAUUGAUGAAGGAGUAGAAAGAGUUUGACUUAUGAGAUGAUAACAUGUUGUGCAAACUCUGUAAAUUUCACCAACAAUUUUGAGUGUAAGAGAGUGAUUUUGCCACCUUAUACUUCUUUAACUUUCUCUAGCUAACAGAGAAAGGGUGAUUUUUUUAAUGGCUCUACAAAGCUGCUUCUUUCACCAGCAGCUUGUGUAACCUUUCAUUGAGCUCAGUGCUACAGUAGCUCUAUUUAAUUCGUGCUCUGUGAGAGAGACUGUACUUUUUCAACGUUGUUCCCUUGAGAGAGGCCAAGUCUGAGGGUCACAGCCUGAGGCUGUGUCCAACUGCCUUCCUGUCUGAGAUCAGCCUCAUGUAAACGUUUUCCCUGAACACGAUACUGUGUGCUCUGUGUCUUUAGCUUAUUCUCCUCUUUGAGGAGUAAACCCCUCUCUCCACUCCCCUUCAAUCCUCCUAAUCCACAACUCCAGAUCAGAUGUGUCAGCCUUGUACAGGCAGUCUAAAAAGGGAAGGAAAAUGUAGGAAGGGGUCUAAAAAUGUAGACUGGUGAGGAUAAGAGGUCCAAGGAUGGAGGAAGCAUUGUGAGAUUCAAAGGAAUGAGACUGUACUGAGUCAUUAAAGUCCCACCCUGAUUGUUUUUGUACUACUUUAAGUGUUAUCAGUGAUCUUUAAACUGUGAUUAUGAAGACUUAACUAAAAAUCACGUUACAUGUGUUGUUUUCAAGGGCUUUUCUUCUGCAGAGCUCCAGUAGAUCAUUAGCCUCUGAGUCAUAGGUGGAGACAGCGCUGCUCUGCACACUUCUCCUCCAGUUAGCUUGCAGCCUAACAUUGCCGGUAUCGUAGAAGAAACAGGUAACAUAGGAUCUAUAGAGCUCUCAGACACUAACGUCUUUCGGGGCAUGAUAAAAGCGAAUAUCAUAAUUAGCUUUCUGACGAGCAUUUCAAUCCGAUCGCCUGUUCCACCAUCGUCCUCUCUAUUUCUCCGAGUCUGGCCUGCACAGCGGGGCUCCAGGGGCGGAGCUUGGGUUGGUUACAUAGGAAAUCUCACUGUAUCUGAUCCUGCUGUUUGGGUCUACCAGAGAUUCACAGUGACUUGAAUGCAGAAAUACUCAGAAAUACAAUUUUGCACUCUUCUCAUGAUAAGUCCUCUAGUAUCAGAAAAAUUCCAUAUGAACAUGUAGACAACAAGAAAAACAUGAUUUGAAUCGUAGUGAGUCUUUAAGUUGACAGAGAUCUUCAGCUUUCUGUGCGUGUCAACAUCUGUCUUUUCUGUAAAAACGAGUCAGUAUUGCCUCUCUUACACUGACAUAGAAACAGAAAAAAACACUUUCUUUUAAGAGUGGACAUGUAAUUAUCUGAUGAUGUUUUUAUGCGAUGACACAUCAUUGGACAUGUUUUCUUUUUCUAGUUGAAUGGCCGUGAUUACUAAUUGUACAGUUGGUUGGCAUCAGUCGGCACUUUCUCUCUCCACUCUGUGUCCACUGGUGUUUCCCUGCAAGAAAAACAGAUUUCUAUGGACUUGACCAUUGUAUGGGGAAGCAUGAAGACUACCUCUUAAAGAUGUGGUAAUUUUGAUAGUUACCAAAUAUGUUUGUGAAUCAACAGUUACAGACUGAGAAAGAAGAAAAACCCAUAAUUUCAUCAGGCUGAGCUGUUAAGGAGUCGUUUUCUGUUGAACCAAGAAAAAGGGAGCGACACUCGCACGGAUCAUGUACUGGAACAAUGACAGGCCGCCUUAGUGCUAUGAAGAAAACAAAUCACUCUCCUCUUGAUGGUUGUCUUGUGUCUUUAAAAGGCAGGAAAAGAACACAAAAGAGGGAGACGGGAGGCAUGUGCAGGGACUGAGUGUCUCUGCUGGGUGAAGUGUUUAAGAGUAUCAACAGUGGAAACACAAGAGGUUGAUGAAUGGAGAGGGGUGAGCAAAACAGUGAGGGGUCUGUUGUUAGUGGACAGAGAGCAGACUCAUGUCUGGAUGAUUAUAAACAAGCAGACACUUGAAGGUAGAGGGUGAGAAACAUGGUGUCUGGAUGCUGAUGGUGGGUGAGGGGAGUAGGAACACAGAUAGGAGACAAAAACACGGUUGUUGAACUGAUAGAGGGAGGAUAUAGUUAAAAAGAUGAAGACCAGAAGGUGUCACUGAGUUUAUUCAAACUGUUGCAUGGAGGAGACAUGUUGCAAUCAAUAUUUUACUGUAAGAAAUAAAACUUUAGAUAAGGGAUGUAAGAUAUCAACUAGGGCUGGGCGAUAUGGCCUCAAAUCAGUAUCAUGAUAUAUUGAGCAGUUCACCUUGAUAACGAUAAAUGGAUGAUGACUACUCCACAAGCUGCUCACCCCCUCCCACAUUAACUUCAUCUACUUCAGCUGCUACAACUUUUGAACCGUCCUCCAUCUCCUCACCUGUCUGUCUUUCCCUGUCAGUUAUGGACUGAAUGGGGCGGAGUCACAUCUUUGUCGUAGGACAGCAUCUUAAAGGGACAUGAGACCAUAGCUUACCUACACACAUCCAAAACAAACUUUUAUUUAUUUGUUUUUUUGACACCGAAUAUAUAGACAUAGGCAAAAGGACGUCGGUUGUCGUCGUAAAUUUCGGUAUCAGUAAAUUUUUGGUUUAUCGCCCAGCCCUAAUAUCAACAACUAACGGUGCAAUAAGCUGCACUCAGCUGGCAAAUCAGAAUUCUCACCCAAACAAUGAUAUCUUAAAAUUUUCUCACCAAAACCUAGAUUCAUGAUCACAAUAUGUCUUCAUGGUAAUCAUCUAAUUAGCUUUUGCAAGCACCAAUGGUGGUAGACGAUGGUUUUCUAUAUCCUAGAGCCUCCAAUCUUUAACUGAAACACACUGAUAUAAUUCUGUAAAGCUAAAACCCCCAACUUCUGAUCCAGAAGAGGUUUUAUUGAACAGAUGAAGUCAAAACAUGGACGAAAGUGCAUGCAGUGUGGGAAUAUCAUACAGUCUCUGAGAAAGAUCAGCGACAUGCAGUUUGUUGGACACGUUCCAGAGACUAGAAGACAUUUCAGAGGAGGGAGAAGCAGCUACACUGAAACUCAGUGCUCAUACUUUGUGACAGACAACUUUGAAACUCUGAAACUUCUUUGGUUAUCCCACUAAAGCUACCUUUACUGUCAUCAAAAGUAAAUUAGGUCAACAGUCAAGGUUUGUGUAGAAAAAUGAUCACUUCUGAGAACAGCUUGCACUGAAAGUUGUUUUGGGUAGAGGCCACUGCAGUAAUGGAGACUUGUUAACCUCCAGAAGGUUGUCGGGUUGGUCUGUACUCUACCUGUCUCUCAAGUCCUGCCAGAAUUUCCCCCUCCUAAAAAAAAGAAAAACAAUGACAUCAUAUUUCCCUAUGAAAUAUACUUUAUAUUAAACAACACAAGCUGAAUGUUUUUAUUUCUUAUUUAAGGUCUCUUAUUCAGGUCCCUUACCAUCAUUGUUUGUCUGUGAAGUAAAAGACUUCUGCAGCACAAACAGGAAGGAGAGUUUUCAGUCUCUAGGUCUUGCACAAGAAAAUACAUGUAUGUUGAGUGUUUUGCUGAAGCAGAAAUAGUUCUGAACGAAGGGGAUUUUCUCCUGAUUUGCUGGUCUAAAUGUACGGAAGAUUUGGAGCUUUGAAAUAAGAGUGUGGGACUCACAACAUGGGAACAGAAACACACAACACAGACACAGGAAAUGACAACACACCGUCUCCUAUCUUGUUGUCAAUCUUCAGCUAAAGGACUUCAACUCAUUAACAUUUCGAUCUUCUAAAACUUGAGCUCCUUUUCUGACUUCAGAACUGCCUCAGUUAUUUUUGUUUUGAUGGAAAGAAAUCGUACGUUUUAACAUUUGAGAAGUUAAAACUGUUUUUAAUAAAAUUCGAAGGACAGUUACUCCGUUGUGACACAUAUCAGUCAUGUUUCCCUCCCCUAUACUGCCGGGUGGUUGAAUCUGUAAUGUGUUACAGAUUUGUAAUGUUUUAUUUUAAUCGCUGUCUGAAAACUAACCAUCUAAACGGUGGAUGAUCCAUCAAUGUAACAAACCUCUGACAAGAAGUGGAGGACAGGACUUAAAUCUACUUAAAUUUAAUACUGGAGUAGGCAUACCGAGUAUUUUAAAUCACUUUUAUGUCUUUGAAAGGAAAAAAAAAACAAAGGGUCAAUCAGGUUCGUUCAUUUAGAGCUUUUAAGAGACAAAAUUACUGAGAGCUGCUCCUCACUGUAAACAUUAAAGAGGCCUGAGUGUGAGGCUGAUCAUGUUUUGAUAGAAGUGCAGCAGUUAGCACACCUCAUGCCGAUGCAAGACACAGCAUGACCUGUGUGUGUGUGUGUGUGUGUGUGUGUGUGUGUGUGUGUGUGUGUGUGUGUGUGUGUGUGUGUGUGUGUGUGUGUGUGUGAGUGACUGCAGAGGCAUCUCUCGCUGAUGACAUCACUGAUGUGACUCAACCGCCUCUUCUGCUUUCCUCCUCUACUUCCUCCUCUUGGUUCCUCAGUUCGGUGCUUUAACAGUGCAGCAGUGUCGCAUGAAACUGAGCUCUCAGUAGAAGCAGCGUGUGUGUGUGUGGUGGCAGCAUAAAGAUCACUGUCCUUGUUGUUGUUGUUCAUGAUGAUUUCCUUUGGUAAAAAGGAAUAUACAAACUAGAGUUGAGAGGUAACCCCGAGUUUGGAUACUGUUAAACCCGUGACAUGCAUUUUACAGUGACUUGUUAUUAUAGUCCUUGUUAGAGCAUCAGAAGAGCCACCUAAGUAAUUAAUGUAUAAAGUCUUCAUGCUGUCAACAUAAUAAUGAAACAAUUAUGGAAAAAGUUAUAUUUGGUCACUGCCCCAGUGCAUGAUUCCCACAGGAAAUCACUUUUGUGUGUCUUUUACCAAAACCCCCAUUAUUGCUGGAUGAAUUCAAAAAGAGCUGCCAACCAAUCUGUGCACCGCUUGGAAAUGUACGCACGUAGAUUAGGAAUCCUAAGGAUUUGUAUAGACAUUCUCAUCUUCCCGCAGUAACCCUCUAGUGACAUUAAUAAUGUCCACAAGAUCAGAAAUGUAGGAUAAAGAAAUAAUUCAUGUAAACGUCUGUCUAAAAGUGACUCAGUUAGGGCUGGGCCAAAAAUUUACUGAUAUCGAAAUUUACGUCAAUAACCGACGUCCUUUUGCCCAUAUCGGUGUAUUUGGUGUCAAAAAAAUAAAUAAAAGUUGGUUUUGGAUGUGUGUAGGUUGGCUAUGGUCUCAUGUCCUUUUAAGAUACUGUCCUAUGUCAGAGACGUGACUCCACCCCAUCCAAUCGUAACAAAGAGGGAAAGACAGGUGAGGAGAUGGAGGACAGUUUAAAAGCUGUAGCGGCGGCUCAAGUAGAUGAAGUAAAUGUGAGUGGGUUUAGGACCUUGUGGAGUAGUUAUGUGCACUUAUCGUUAUUGCUCAAUAUAUUGUGAUAUUGAUUUGAGGUCAUAUCACCCAGCCCUAGUCUCAGUUCACCUGGAAAACAUAUGUAACGAAGCUGAUAUCUCUGCUAUUUUUGCCAGGGUUGUGUUUAUCUACUUAGAGGAUGUCUCUUUUAUUUUUUAGGAAAUUUGUUGGCUUAGUGAAUAUUGAUAUAAUUGAUGUAAACGUAGAAACUGAAUUUUACAAAAAUCAUACGCUGGUUUGACCCUUGUUUUGAACUUCUCAUUGAAAUAUCAAGAUAGCUGCACACUGAGCUACAACAGGACAGUCUGUCUGAUGAUUAUUUAAUGGGAUGAUUGAGCUCCUUUGUGUGUUUACCUUUAGCAACACUGUUGAUACUGCAGCUGCCACCAGUUAGCAGCACCAGGCUGAAGAUAAAUUUUACACCAUGUACCUGCUGGAGACUCUGCAAGAGAAACACAAUAGUUCAUUAGUGUACUGAAAGACAGCAGUGACAUUUGUGUUUCAGUUUGAACACGACAAAAGAAACAAUGAGCUGCCAUGGUCGCAUGUUUGAACUUUGUUUCUGAUACAGUUUUAUUGAAAGACUGUGAUGGAUGUUACCUACUGACCAGUUACUUUGGCGUUCUUAGUUUGUGUUGACAGAUUAACAGACAACCUCCACCAAGCAGCUGUCACUAACACACAUUUACAAAAGCUACAUAAUUCAGUUCAAUUAUUCCGAUUUUCAGUUCAUGUUAAUAAUGAUAUUCAAGCCGUACAGAAGCACUGCUCCCUAACUUUUUUCCUAUAUGUAUUUUUAAUUUGCCAGAGCUUUUUUUUCUGGCACAAGUCGUGUGACGGGCUGCUUUGUUGGUCAUGGAAAUCCUCAGAGUUAGUCAUGGAAAGAGUCUAGAUAGAAAAGGUUUUCUGUUUGAGUGAGAGCCCUCAGUUACACUUGAUUUGUUCUCGGCUGUCCUUAUUCGACCCUGCCCGCUUAUCUGUAAGACCAGCGCAGGUCACAAAAAAUAAAGAAAACAUCUGCACUACACAGUGAUUUUUAAAUGCCUUUUUUUAAUUCAGAGUGACAUUAUCGAUUUCCAGAUUUGAUUUGGCCUAACGGUUUAGAAAUGAACAGAAUCCACACUGAGGUGAGGGAUCAUUCUUCAGUGCUGAUGUCUCAUUGUCAGUUUCCAGGAAUCCAGACAAGAACAACAACACACUUUCUGCUGUUCUCAUCUAUUUCCAAACUGUGUUUUCCUCCCGAACAGGCGUCUAUCUGGAAGGUUUGGAAAAUAAUGUUUCCAUAGAUUACAAAAAUACAUCAGCAGCCAAAUAUCAUAAUCUGUAUUUAUUUCAGUUUCCCUGAGUCAAGUUUACAAAGACAGUUGUAAAAUAGCUCAAAGGAAAGAGGACUUUUUGAGCUCCUCUUGCUCCUUUUGUUCAGUUAUAAACUGCUCUGUUUUGAUUCCUGGACCAGUUGGGAUUUCAGCCAAAGACUCAGUGUUUAAAGGGACAGCAGGGCAGAGCUGGGACCCCGUUUUUACUUUCUUCAGAUAAGUGACAGGAUUUGUUGCGAUAAAAAAGGAGAGUUGGUAUUAAAAGAUACUCUGACUGCAGACAGAGCAUACAUAAACUUUAACAACCUACUGAGUUGUUGUCAGGAGUGCUGCUGGAAUCAGUCACUGGUUUGUGCUGCUAGCAUCGUAUUUUCAUGAAGAUUUCAAAGGUUUUUGGUAUAAAUAAGAGUUAUAUAUUUCAAACAGUGCCACAGCUUUUUAUUGUUAUGAAUAAUCUUUUUGAAUGAGUGGGUAGAGUAUAAAAGAGGAUUAGGGCCACAUGAAGAGAAAAAAAAUAAUUACAGGAAUGAGAUUUAAAUCGAAAUUUCAAGAUUAAAAAAUGGAAAUUAUGUCAAUAAAGUCGAAAUUUCGGGAUUAAAAAAUGAAAUUUCGAAACUAAAGUCCAAAUUUCAAGAUUACAAAAUGUUGAAAUCUCAAGAUUUAAAAAAAUUACAAUUUUUUAAAAUCUUGAAAUCGAAAUUUCAACUUUAUUUAUAUAAUUUCGAUUUCUUUAUUCUGUAGGUUCCGACUUUCAUGUUGAAAUUAAGAUUUUUUUACAUUUUGACUUUUUUAAAAUUUUGACUCUAAUUAUGAAAUGAAAACUUAGAAAACAUCCCUCCUGUAAUAAAUUUUUUUUCUCUUCUUGUGGCCCUAAUCCCCUUUCGUAGUAGAGUUUAUACCUUUAUACCAGAUUGGAGACACAUAUUAAAUCUGAAGGUUUACAUAGGGGCAGUUCUUACUGAACUAUUAUCUUCCUUAUGAGCUUUUUGGGGAAAUAGAAUUCUCUUCCUUAACAGCAGAGCAUGGGUGGAUCCAACAGUGGUUUAUUGGACCUGCAGCCUGUAAUAAAAUGUUAGCAGUAAAAGAGCUCAAGCCUUGAAUUUGUUAAAGACACUCUGAAAAAGUUGUGUGUUAGUGUACCUUAUCAAGGUCAAAAUCAGUGCUUCAUCUAUUAUAUAUGUACAAUGAAUAUUUUGUAGUAUCUUAUGCAUUCAUGAGUAGAACUGCAUAUCAGCUGUUUAUCUCAGUAACUGUAACAGUAGUUAUCAGUUCUUCCUUUUUCUCUCUAUCACUUCAGGUUCCUGAGAUCAUCAGUACGUUGAGACAAGCUGGCAAGAGCUCAGCACGCAACGAUGACGUCAACAUCGCCAAAAAGACUUCCAGCGGAGGCGUUGAUUCCUCUGACACAUGCUUAUCUUCUCACUCCACCUUGACAGCCUCUAUUGCACCCACCUCCGCUGUGUCUCCAACAACCUUUGCAAAGAAGUUCGAGGUGCUUUUCUGUGGCCGAGUCAGCGUCGCUCAUAAGAAAGCCCCUCCUGCCCUUAUUGAUGAGUGCAUCGAGAAGUUCAGCCAGCUGCAUGGCUCGGGAACUGUUGAUAAAGGAGGGGAUAACAGGAGAACGGUGGGUGGUUUGAAGAAGUCGUUAACCCCGCAAUCCAACGGAUUUAGGAGUGGUGACACCAAAAAUGCAGCAGCCGGGAGCCCAACCACAGGGAAGCGUCCUGUCCUGUUUAAAAAAGACCCCAGCUUUCCUUGUCUGCAGGCACUGGAUGAGAAUGGACUCUCGCCAGAGAUCUCCCACAACAACACUACUGAUGCACACACCCACUCUGCAGGAGUGCAGCCCACCAGCCUGCAGGAGAACAGGACCAUGCUGUUUACGGUACAGACUUAUAAGAAUUUACAUACACACACACACACGCACAAAUACGCUCUGGUAAAUCUGCUUCAGUACUUUGCUACUCUUAGAUUCAUUGUUCGUAUCUCUUUAUUUUAAGCAAAAAAUCAAAAUGUUUUUAGGAGGACAUACACAGGGUUUUUCCUGGCUCAAAUUGAGGCAGAGGUGGCACCAUCCUGACCAUGCGCCAUGACGUGCAUAUAUUUGUAAAUUUAACUGUCUCACUUUCUUUUACAGGCAACAUACUUUAAGUUAAGAGUUCAAAAAAGAGUGUGACCAUUAUCAUGUUAAAGCAUUCAUUUAUUAAAACUAUAUACAUACACAAAUCAGCUGGCAACUUUAAAUUGAAAGUACACUUCAUCCACACAUCUCACAACCAGACAGAACAUUUCAGCCUCCUCUUUUUCAUUCUGUAGAACCUCCUCAUGCACUCCUUGUAGUCCAAGGCCUCCUGGUCUGGUCCAUCAACAGCCACCUCACAACAGACAUCCAAGUGCCUCUGUGUCUUCACCUUAAACAAAACAAUUCAUCAUGUAUUAAGUAUUUUUGUUUUUAUUCUGAUACAGACAUGAAGAGUGAUAGUGUUUUAAUCAUAUAUUAUAUAUAUGUAUACGCUGCAGUGUCCUCCCUAAAAAAACAACAACCAAUUAUUUCUUAAACUAUCUAAACUAUGUUAUUUUAGUUUUUGUAACUUUAUUAGUUGAGUGUUUUUAGGUACUACCAUCUUUAAUAUAUUUCUCCUUCUCUUCUGCUGCUUUGUGAACGGCUGUCACCUCAUGUCUUUUUAAUGUGUCCAGCCUGUAGUUGGUUGAUGGCUGUCUCACUAAGGAGGCAGCAAUUGCCUGCUGUGUUGGGGCACAGUGCUUUUGGCAUAAACAGCAGUGCAUGCCUUCCUCAGUAUGCCUGAGCCAGGUAAAUUCAUUGAGCCACUGCUUGUCAAAGCCACUGGCUCUGUGUUUUUGAGAAGAUCUAGAAAGAGGAAUAAAAACCACGUACACGUUGGCUUUGCGUUGUUAUGCUCCUAAUUGGAAACUAAUUAAUUAAUUACCCUCGCCUCGCCGACUCGUCCUGUCCUGCAUUCUGACCCUCGCGAUCACCAGUCCCUUGUGAAGUACUUUCAGACCUGACACAAAUUUCCACGUUGUCACCAACAUGAAUUAUAGCAUUUUAACUGCCUGUUACGUUUUUUCUCUGCUGUGUUUCACUUGGACUCUUGACUUUCCUCCUCGCGAGGUCGCUUUUUAAAGUACUGGCAGAUUUUGCCCGCCAUAUCUACAACGCUAAAAAUCAAAAACGUUACUCUGAAACGGAGGAAACCUUUUGUUUUAAUAAACACGACAUGCUUGGAUGCAAAAAAGACAAGCAGUAUUUACCUGUUUGUACCAUCCGCCAGGGAAAAUCAGGACGCCGAUAGCACCAACUAGCGGGAAAAAAACUUGAAAAAACAUGAUUCGAUCCGUUUCUUCUUCGGUAGAUGCUUCAGGUCAUUCCGGUGCACUGCUGUUGAUAUAGCGCCUCUAGAGUGGCGCAACGCUGCAACUGCAGUUAAAAUACGUUGCUGCUGCAGAGGGACAUCAAUCGCUCAAUCAACACAGCUGGAGCUUUACGCCGUGUUGAGCGAAAUCAAUCGCUCUGGCCGGGGGCGGCACAAAAUUAGGUGGAGGCGGCCGCCACGCAAUUUUGAACGCAGGAAAAACCCUGCAUACAGUUAUUGAUGUGUCAAACUGUUGUACGUCAAAGUUUUUUAGUUAUGCGCCAAGAUGUUGUAGCAAAGAGGUGAGGGUGCUUAGUACAUGGUUGUCAGAUCAAUUAUCAAUCAAUUAGUCGUAGGGCUGGGCGAUAAACCGAAAAUUUACCGAUACUGAAAUUUACGACAAUAACCAACGUCAUUUUGCCCAUGUCAAUAUACACUCACCGGCCACUUUAUUAGGUACACCAUGCUAGUAACGGGUUGGACCCCCUUUUGCCUUCAGAACUGCCUCAAUUCUUCGUGGCAUAGAUUCAACAAGGUGCUGGAAGCAUUCCUCAGAGAGCUUGGUCCAUAUUGACAUGAUGGCAUCACACAGUUGCCGCAGAUUUGUCGGCUGCACAUCCAUGAUGCGAAUCUCCCGUUCCACCACAUCCCAAAGAUGCUCUAUUGGAUUGAGAUCUGGUGACUGUGGAGGCCAUUUGAGUACAGUGAACUCAUUGUCAUGUUCAAGAAACCAGUCUGAGAUGAUUCCAGCUUUAUGACAUGGCGCAUUAUCCUGCUGAAAGUAGCCAUCAGAAGUUGGGUACAUUGUGGUCAUAAAGGGAUGGACAUGGUCAGCAACAAUACUCAGGUAGGCUGUGGCGUUGCAACGAUGCUCAAUUGGUACCAAGGGGCCCAAAGAGUGCCAAGAAAAUAUUCCCCACACCAUGACACCACCACCACCAGCCUGAACCGUUGAUACAAGGCAGGAUGGAUCCAUGCUUUCAUGUUGUUGUCGCAAAUUCUGACCCUACCAUCCGAAUGUCGCAGCAGAAAUCGAGACUCAUCAGACCAGGCAACGUUUUUCCAAUCUUCUAUUGUCCAAUUUCGAUUAGCUUGUGCAAAUUGUAGCCUCAGUUUCCUGUUCUUAGCUGAAAGGAGUGGCACCCGGCGUGGUCUUCUGCUGCUGUAGCCCAUCUGCCUCAAAGUUCGACGUACUGUGCGUUCAGAGAUGCUCUUCUGCCUACCUUGGUUGUAACGGGUGGUUAUUUGAGUCACUGUUGCCUUUCUAUCAGCUCGAACCAGUCUGGCCAUUCUCCUCUGACCUCUGGCAUCAACAAGGCAUUUCCGCCCACAGAACUGCCGCUCACUGGAUAUUUUUUCUUUUUCGGACCAUUCUCUGUAAACCCUAGAGAUGGUUGUGCGUGAAAAUCCCAGUAGAUCAGCAGUUUCUGAAAUACUCAGACCAGCCCUUCUGGCACCAACAACCAUGCCACGUUCAAAGUCACUCAAAUCACCUUUCUUCCCCAUACUGAUGCUCGGUUUGAACUGCAGGAGAUUGUCUUGACCAUGUCUACAUGCCUAAAUGCACUAAGUUGCCGCCAUGUGAUUGGCUGAUUAGAAAUUAAGUGUUAACGAGCAGUUGGACAGGUGUACCUAAUAAAGUGGCCGGUGAGUGUAUAUAGGUAGGCUAUGGUCUCAUGUCCCUUUAAGACGCUGUCCUACAUCAGAGACGUGACUCCACCCCAUCCAGUCUGUAACAAAGAGGGAAAGACAGGUGAGGAGAUGGAGGACGGAGAGAAAGUUGUAGCAGCUGAAGGAGACAAAGUUAAUGUGGGAGGGGGUGAGCAGCUUGUGGAGUAGUUAUCGUCCAUUUAUCAUUAUUGAGGUGAACUGCUCAAUAUAUCGUGAUAUUGAUUUUUGGCCAUAUCGCCCAGCCCUACUCAGUUGUGUCAUAUUACAUUCUAAUGGUGCAGCAGGAAGGAGAAUGUCACAGACAGACAGACAGAGUGAAAGUGAAUGUGAGUAUAAGUGUUGACAUAAAUACAGACACAAGUUCUGGUCACACCCGUACUACCUUCUCUUGCACAAGACAAGAUCAGCAGAGAUAAAUGGUCCGUCUUUUCCUCCAGUGGCGUCAAAAUUGACACUAAUUAAUUGCUCCUUAGAGAGGCUUUAAUGUGAGGCUUACCUUAUUAAUUGAGGUGAAAUGAGAGCCAUGCCUCCUCAAGCCCUGAAGGGAAAAAUAAUUCCAGUUUUAUGGUUUAUUGUUUGAGAAUAAACCAAAGCAGAGGUGAUCAGAAAAACAACAUUGACAAAAAGCCCACCCCCUCCAAACCAAAAUAGUCCAUUUGAGUUUUUUCAGUUCGUCCGUAAACCUUAUCGUAGCAUGUGCUGAGAAAAUGAACAGAACUUUGCAGUAGCUUUAAAAUUCAAUUUUCAAUUCCACCAAAACACACCUUUCCCAUACUCAGUCUCUCAUUCAGGACAGAGAGGGGGAGAACAAAAGAGAGGCAAAGAUGUAAAUCCCCUAAUGACUCAGCAAGUCUAAACGCUGACUGCUGCCUUGAGUGAACUCAGUCAUGCUCCCCUGAUUCACCUUUAGUCGACCUCAGCGACCCCCUUGCCAACAGGAGAUUUCCUGUUUGUCACGAGAAAGGAAGUGGUGACCACUGGCACAGGAACCCCCAAGGCCUCUCUCUGCACCCCUCAGCAAAUAUAGACAUGUUAUUGACACUGAUGAUACAUCCUGCUCCUCCACCUCCUCCUCCUCCUCCUGCUGCUGCUCCUGCUAAAGUUGUGCUGAUGAUAUCACCACUUUGACAUCAUCAGCUUAAUUCCUGUGAAAAGAUUGAACUCUCUUUUCCUCUUUUUUGUUUCAUAGAGGGGAAUGUGUUGAAGAUGUGAAAUUUUACCAAUAGACAUCCUAUUUUAAGGUUAAGUAGUGAUGGUGACUCACAUUCUCGUCAUUGGAGGUCAGCGGGGAGAUCCCGUGAAGCAGAACUGUCCUGAAAAUAAAAGGUUCUUUUUGAAAAGCGAGGAAAUGAAACAAAAGAAGUGAAAGAAUAAGAUUUUAAGGCCUUCCCCCCCGGAGCAGAAGAUUAAACCUCGCCUUCGCAAAUCACUUGAGAAUGAAAGUUUUCUCACCAUCAGAAAUAUCUGUAUUUGGAUAAAUGUCAACGACAGGCUGGAUUUGAAGUGUGAUAAAAAACAGGAACUGCCUCAAAGGUAUUUGACACUUUGAGGCUCCACUUUACUGUCAGAACGAAACCACAAAACCUCACCACACACUGAUCUAAUGCUGCGUUCCAGUUACCUUGGAAGUUUGAUGUUAGAGCUGGGAAUAACGUUACACCUGAGUUGAUGGCGUUACAGUUAACAAGUCAGAAAACCAAGAUGGACGCCUACUGUUAGCCGUUGUUAGCUGUUGUUAACAGUUGUCAGCUAUUGUUAGCCAUUGUCACCAUAGCACCGUGUUUACAGUUUGACGUUGGGCAGUACAACAUUUACCACUUACUACCACAUAUACCACUUACCACAAAAACAAAACAGAUGUGCUAAUAAACAAUACAUUACGAGAGCUUUCACUGUUACUCUUUAUUGUUGAUGCACUGCAGCAGCAUUGCCAUCUUGGAUGAUGACGUUGUCGUCAAGUCGGGGUUGGAGCUCGGAAAUCCUAAUCCCGACAUCCCAGUAGAACUGGAAAGCAGCAUAAGUCUAAGUAAUGUGUCUCUGUGUUUGUCUUUGUUUCAGGUGGGCAAGUCCCAAAUCUUCUUGAUUAGUCCAGACACUAAGAAAGUUGCCAUAGAGAAGAGUUUCAGAGAAAUCUCCUUCUGCUCACAGGUAUGAGGCCGAAAGUUUCUGUAGAUAUGUUUGAAACUGUCCGAUGAGAUUUUGAAUCCUGAAAACCAACGAAUCUGUUCUUUCCAGGGUAUUCAUCACGUGGAUCACUUUGGCUUCAUUUGCAGGGAGACAGUGGAAGGAGGGAGCUGCCACUUUGUUUGCUAUGUCUUCCAGUGCACUGACGAAUCACUGGUGAGAAAAAACUGGUGUUAGAAAACAGAAAAAAUGUGUCUGUAUAAAUUUAGUAUUGCAUGUUCGGCCUAUGCAGUUUUAAACAUCUCUGUUGAAACAUCUUGAUUCUCACUUCCAUGAUAAUACAAUAUAAUUCCAUACCAACACAUCCCAUCCAAUGAAUAUAUUUGAUCUUCCCCCCGCAAGCUGGAAUGCCAACAUGCCUGAAGCCAAUAUUUAUCACUGAUGUUAUCCUCUGUCAGACUCCAGCCCCUCUGUGACUCCGGGAAUGGGAAUAAUCUGUAGAAAAUGGAUGGAUGGAUGGUUAUCCUCUGUCAUUUAGGAUUAUAUUCAGGAAAUUUUCUUAAUAACAUCUUUGACUCAUUGCAUCUUUGCUACGCUGAAUGUCACACGGACUGUUAAUUUGAUGGAAAAAAGGCCCCGAGUGAAGUCGUCUGUGUGAUUUUCAGAUAAUGAUACAGUGUGAUUGCCUUACACCAGAUGAAUCAUCCUUUAUUUCUUACAGGCUGCCAUACAUCAGUUAUGUACAUUAACAGCUGGCUGAAAGAGAGUCAGAAGUACGAUAUUGCUUUUGCAGGUGGAUGAGAUCAUGCUGACUCUGAAGCAGGCCUUCUCUGUGGCAGCACUGCAACAGAAUGCAAAGACCCAGAGCCAGCAGUGUGACAGCUGCCCCAUGCAGCAGCUCCACCGACUGUGCGAGAGGAUAGAAGGUGGGGAAUUAUCCCUUGGUCAUAAGUUCAUGCCACAAAAAUAUCUAUGAUCCACCCUCAGCGACACUAUGAUGCUGAUUUCGGGGAUUUCAGCUGACUAUUUCUGGACAUUUCUCUCAGGUCUACAUCCAUCCAAAACCAAGCUGGAGCUUCAGCGGCACUUGGCCACUCUUGACAACCAGGAGCAAGCGUCAGUGUUUGAAAACACCAUGGUAAUAUGUCUACUCUUAUCUGUCUAAAGAACCUGCAAGGCAAUGUAUGGAAUUCCUGUGGUUGACUAAGAGGUGACAGCAGAUAGAGACAAACCAGUCAGUCUGCAAGUUUGACUGAACUGAACGUGGUCUGAAUCACUGCAGAAUCACAGGUUUAUCUUGCUGGGUUAACGGUGAUGCACUGAUCUAUAUAAACAUAAGACAAUAUAACAUACAGAAUAUAUAUUUAUAUAAAUCUCUUUAUUACUCUCUCAUCUUUCUGUUUCCCUGGUGAUCUGCUUUGUCCUGCUCUUUAUUGCUUUCUGUUUCUUUAAAGAGAAACUCAGAUCAGUCUGAUAAAGACAUAUAACGUUUGGAAAUGGACUCCCACCAGAGAGUCGGCGAUAUUGCUGUAAAAAUAUGGCCUGUUGUUCAAUGUAGGAGUUGUCAUGGAAGUUAAAUAUUUAUGUUAGAUUCUGCUGACAGCUGCUGGUGAUGUUGCUGAACUGCAGCUGUAGAACCACUGAAAUCUUUUCUGCCCAUACAUGAUAUCAUAAGAUCACUGCUUCACUUUUAUCAACCAAGGAAACAUCUUUCUUUAAACCCCAAAGAGAAAUAUCUUAAUUUUAUAGAGUGUGCAACAGAUGAAUUUUGUCUGUGUGAACAGUUGUGGGCCUCCUAAUUCAAAAUAAAGUGACUUGCCUGAAAUUAAAGCAACCUUUGGCAAAAUGUGUCCAUCACUGUCAUGUUAUGGAGAUUUCUUUUUAUCAAGCAUCAAGUUUUACAAGAAUUGAAUGGAAAAAAGUGAAAAGUGUUGUUGUGGUUUUUUUUUUAUGUGUAUUAAAGAGAGCCCGUCCUAAAAGCGACCAGGAAGAGAACGAGUUGGUGAUGGCCUCCUUGAGGAAUCUGUAUGAGGAGAGACAGAGGAGCCAUCAGCACACACUGUUUGGAGACAGUAAACAGGUUACUGUCACACUUAAACCCUGAACCAGCCUCACUCUCACUAUGCUGAAGAUUUCUUACAUUCCCUUAACAGCUGAACAAUACUUACAUGAUGCAAAUGUUUAUCAUGGAAAGACAAAGCUGGACAAAAGUACUCUCUCCUGUCUUCUCUGUAUGUGUAUAUAGGUGAGUGAGGAGGCAGCUCCAGCCCCAGUGGAGAUGCAGCAGCAGAGCAGCAGUCGACAGCGACUUGAGCAGUUUAAAAGCCGAGCUAAGCGCUCUCUCACUGAGUCCCUAGAGGGGAUCUGGAAGGUAACAGUCCUUUUUUUCUUGCUUGGUUUGUCUCCAGUAAUGCACUUGUUUUUGCUUAUGUUCCAGCAUAAGAAAACGCUGUCAUGUAAACACUGCACAGCUCUUGAAAUUUCCUUUGCAGAAUGUGAUGAAGGUCACAAAAAUGUUGUCCUUAAUUUUUACUUUAUUUAAAAUCCAAAAGUAAUUUAUCAAAUUCGUGAAUGGAUCUUUGUUGUUGUUGUUUUUGCAGGGGAGCAACAAAGCCAGACUCCAAAGAGACAACAGUGUAAGGAGUAACAGCGGCUCUUCUGUUAAUAUGGUCACCAGUAGCCCUGAGCAGCCUUGUCUAGAUGACCCCUUGUCUUCUUCUGCUCACCUGCAACCCAACAGCACACUCAGGUAAUAACACAAGCCAAUACACCGUAGAAAUGGGCGGUAAUCCCAGAAAUAUUCAACAACAGCAAAAGAACACGUUUUUUAUCAUGCUACCUUACACACACAACAAACGCCCAGAUAAACAGUGUUUGUCCAUUCCUUCAGUUUAUCUUUGUCACUGUCCAAGUGAGUUAGUCUUUCAAAAUAAUAAUAAUAAUAAUAAUAUUAAUUUUUAUUUAUAUAGCACCUUACAACAUUCAGAGAGAAGAACAAAGGGCUUUACAAAACAAAUAUACGGUCAAAUACACAAAUACAGGAAAAAGAAAAUACAUGACAAGUGACAAAUGUCACAGGAUAUCAUAACAAAAUUCAAAGGAAAGAGAACACAGAAAUGAUCUAAUAUAUGGAAAAUGUCACUGAAUAUUAAAAGCCUGUCUAAAUAAGUGAGUUUUAAGAUGGGUGUUAAAGAGGGCCAGAUCAUUAGAACUCAAUGGUCUGAUUACAAAUCCAUACCCACAGAUGAGCUCCCAUGGUAAGCACCCAGCACCUCCUUUCACCUGUCACUCACUCUCUUAGUAUUGUCCCUCCUAAUGUUAUAUGUCAUUUCAUAGUUAUUAAAAGAAUAAGUAAAACCUGCUAGGAUGUAUUAUUAACAAGUUACAGUCAUAUAUAGUAAAAGGACCAAAAUGUACCCGGUGUUGGUGUCUUAAAUAUAUAUAAUGAAUAACUUGGGGUAGUCUUCAACUUCAGUUUACACAUUUUAAAAAUAACUAAACCAACCAUGAACAGGCUGUACAUGGAGAUGAUUGACAAUGAUAUGGUGAUGACUUAGAGAUUGCAAACAAUGCCCUGCAACAUGGUUGUCAGUCAUUGGGGUAAUACGAUAUACCUGAGUAAAAUGUCAGGGAGGUUUUAACAGUAUUAAAAUGGGAUACUGCCUCAUUCAAUCCACUGACUCACAUCUUUGGUCCGAGCAGCCCAGGCUUAACCUGCCCUAUUUAGUCUACUCAUGUCCAAAGGGACAACAAAGCUGCAGCUGGUUCAGGGAGGCUCCAGAAAAUGAGUUUUUGGGACAAGAGGUUAUUUCAGCAGCUAUUUGAAACCUUUAAUAUGAGAUAAACACUUAAGCAUGGGAUUAACCAAGGCUGGGUAGAUAAGUAGGAGCUGGGUUAUGGAGAAGUUUAAAGACAAACCCAGUCGUGUCUUUGACCUCCCUAUAGUAAGGUUGUUUGUGAAUCUGGGGUAGGUUUAAAACAGGGUGAUCUAUUUCAGAGCCUCCUUAAUGUGGAAAAUGACUUAAUUUGAUCAAACAUUUGACCACUUUGAGGUGUAUUCUUCCCCCCUAAAACGUCAGCAGUGACAAAUUCAGCUCAGACAACAAACCAGUCAAGUAUUAUGUAACAAAUUAAACUCUUAAAACUUUCCUUUUUUGUAGACUAAUAUUAGCUUCUUCAUUUUGCAUCAUUAUAUUAUUUAAAUGUAAAGUUUGCUUGAAACCCCUUUUUCUUAUUUUCAGGUGCCACAACUCCACAGGAGACCUGAAGCACCUCGACCCCUCGCUCCGCCUGUCUCCUUCUUCAUCCUCUUUACCCGGUGACGCUCAGCCCUCGGGGUUCCGCCGACGGGCCAGCACCUUCAGCCACCCUCCCACUCCCUCCUCAGCAGAGUACUCACCGCUGGACAUGGUAAACCAUUCCACGCAGGAGCCCACCGCCACCACGAAGCCAAAGCUUGUACGGCACUACUCUGUCAGCACUGACACUCCACACCAGAGCAAGUAAGAAGAGUGUGUUUUCAGGUGUUCCAGUUUGAUUUUUGGAUUCAGUUAAAGGUUACUAAAAAAAAGAGGGGAAAGGUUUAGGACCAAACCUUUGUUGUUGACUAUCUUUGUAAAUCCUUCAGGUUUUUAACGAAUGCAAAAAAUCAUAAACUUUAUCUCAGGGCUGGGCGAUAUGGCCUCAAAUUAAUAUUAUGAUAUAUUGAGCAGUUCACCUCGAUAACGAUUAAUGGACAAAAACUACUCCACAAACUGCUCACCCCCUCCCACAUUAACUUCUACAAUUUUUGAACUGUCCUCCAUCUCCUCACCUGUCUUUCCCUCUUUGUCACGGACUUGAUGGGGUGGAGUCACGUCUCUGUCGUAGGACAGCGUCUUAAAGGGACAUGAGAUCAUAGCCUACCUACAUACAUUCACAACCAACUUUAAUUUAUUUUUUUGACACUGAAUAUACUGAAAUGGGCAAAAUGUCGUCGGUUGUCGUCGUAAAUUUCAGUAUUGGUAAAUUUUCGGUUUAUUGCUCAGCCCUACUUAAUCUCAUUACCUGUUUAAUGAGAUAAAGAUAAACAUGAAACCAUAAUAUAGCUAUCAAUUAGUGUUUUCAAAAUCAACCUCAGCUCUGUAUCUUACCAUACCCACUGAAACUUCCAACUCUUUCCUCUUUUCCUUUCAUGCUUUCUUUUAGAACAUUUUUCUAUUUUCAUACUCUCUGUCAGUUUCUUGGACAUUUUUGUUCGCUUCAUCUCUGCUGAUAUCUUAUGUUCCUCAGAAAUGCCCAAAACAGCUCCUCUCCUCCUCCUUCUGCUCCUCACUGCUUUGCUCCUCUCUCUCCUCCCCUCACUCAUCAUCACCCUUCCUCACCUUCCUCUGGAGCCUGGCUCAAUAAAAAGGGGUGAGAAUCCUGUAUCAACUUUCUGUUCAACUUAUCUUGUAUCUGUUUUACGUGCACUUAUAAUUUGGCAAAGCUUCUUUAACCUUGUGUUCGAUGUUGAUGCCUAAGGCCCAGUUCUGACAGAGAAAAAUUGGAUCAUUUUACCUCAUCAGUAAUCGUGUCUCUCUGUUUGAACUGAGCCUUCGUUUAUCUUUUAACUAGUUUCUGCAAACUUUUUCCAUCCCCAUCUCUCCAUCCCAGUCCACUGGGUGGUCUGCGUGCUCGUCUCCACUCCUCCUCCUCUGUUCCUAAUUUUCUGAAAUUUCUGGCUCCUGUACAAGAGAAUGAUUUACCUGAGCCAAAAAGCAGGUACACACACAUUUACACAGAGAAAAAAAAGUUCAUGAUUAUCUGCCAACAUUGUUGUAAUCUAUGCUGCUGCUUGUUUAGAUCUGGUACCUUAAAUCUCCCUCUUAAUUUAGAUGUGUUUAAAUGUAUGUGGACUGUUGCCUACUGACUGUUAAUCAGAGAUGUAUGUCAUCCUUCCUGUGUGUGUGUGCGUGUUUGUCAUACAGUGAUGUCGCAGCUCUGUCCACACCAAGUGGAGGAUGUGGGGUCGGGGAGAGCCCCCUGCGUAGCCAUCGUCACUCAUGGAGGCAGCAGAUCUUCCUACGGGUCGCUACACCUCAGAAGAGCACAGAAACCAUCGGUAUGAAUGGAGUCACUCAAUUAUCUAUGAAUCUGUGGGUCCCCUCCAUAUUGUGAGUCUCAUAAGUCAGUCCCGCUUUCAUCCUCUUCAUCAUCACGCCUUUGUGUUAGGCGCCAUAGUAAUCACGCUGCAUCGCAAUAUUGCCAUUUCAGCGUGUGAUUUCUCAUUGCUCUAUAAUGUUUCAGAAGCACAACCAGCAGGAGCUUCACAUACACAUUCAUGAAAACAAACAUUCACUCUUCCUGUUCACAGUCACCCCAUUUUGCGUCUGUCACUACAUGCAAUGACAGCCCAGUGAAGGGGCCACCUGUUCCCACCAUUUUACCUCACAGAUAAAGGGCAAAAAAAUUGGUCCUUUUCAAGGGAUAUUCUGAUCACCCACUCUCCUCCAGCAGCCGAUUGUUUGUGGGGGAGCCCUGACGAGUCGAUAACUAAAUGUACAGUGGAGUUCCACAGCUCAAGGAAGAACAUUUAUGAUUAUUACUUUGUGGAAAUGAAUUCAGACCGAGACACUAAGAUAGAAGAACUUCUCCGUCUGCAGUGCAAAAUGAUUGUUAUGGUGAUUAUUACUUCAUGGAAAUGAUCCACUGCACUCGGUGAUCGACUCGCCAGGGCUCCCCCACAAACCAGCGGCUGCUGGAGGAGAGUGAGUGAGUUGUGUUUAGUCUCUUUGCUGAAGAUUUUAGUCAAAGCUAAAAAGAUGUUUGGUGUCUAGUACUAUGUCUGUGACCCUAUAUGUCCUGUUGAUGAAGUUAGGUGCUGUUCUGAGCAUUAUUUGUGGCUAUAGAGUGGCGUUUUGGUUGAGGUUUGUGUUGGAGACGUAGACCACUGUGUAUUGCUAUUGUGUGCUCGUUACUAAAGUUGGUAUAAUGCGAGAAGCAAGCAGUCGGCAACAUUCAUCUCUCGAGUGGGGUGUCUAACUUGGUGUUACGGUGUGUUUGACCCUUUCAUGCCGAAAUAUCCCUUUAAUAGGUAAUAUGAAAAAGUCUUCUGUGUAAUAGAGGUGACCUGUAAAGCUCUUGCAAGAAGAUGUUGUCUUCAACUGUCUGUCUUGAAUUUUCUUUUUCUUUUACGACUGAUUGUAUCCAACUGUUACCAGGGCUUGUUGUCGUUUCUGUUGUUAUUUUGUGCAGUCAGAAUGUAGGUCUGUUAAGUUUUGACCCGGGUUCCAGUUACUUGUUUAGUUACAAAGAGGAGUUUAUUUCUUUAAGAAACAACAUUUCUAGUUCAUAGGCGACUGUGGCUCAAUGGUGGAGUCGGUCAUGACUUUGAUCCCACACUUGGUGAAUAUGUUAUGAAUAUGACAUGUAAUGCCCAAGUGCUGUGAGUGUUCAGAAGAGUAGAGAAUAAAGAAACUGUAUAUAAACUUUAAAAACAUACCAACCAUAAAAACAGCAUUUGCCUCUUACAUGGAUAAAAAAUGAUGACAAAAAGUUUUACACAGAAAAUGUGCAUCGAUUUAAAAUGCUCUUUACUUGAUCAUAUAAAGAGAAGAGAAUUCACUUCACAUCAGUGCAAACUCACAAGAAUCUACAGUUUUAGACAAACAAGGAAAACUGAAAAGAAAAGGAAAAUAUGAGGAAGUGAAAGAAGUGGAAAGCAAUGUUGGUCUCGGGCUCCAAAACACACCAAAGCUGCUGUGUUUGGUUUAUACUGAGAUUUUCCAUGUAACGUCACCCACCUCUAUCAGGACCGCAGUAUGUACACAAAUAUUCCAGCUACUUCCACUUAAAGAUACUGUUCUCCUCUGAACACUGUGUAAAGUAACAUAAGUGUGUCUGUGUGUAUCAAAGAGCUUUGAUCUUCGCUCUAAGAUAACUUAACAUGCUCCAGUUGUCAAAUUCAACAGACGAGGAGGGCAGUUCUCAGUCAGGACACUUGUGUCAACACACAUGUUCUUUUAGGUGAAUGCACACUAACACUAUCCUGACAGAAUAAGAGCAUUACCAGGACACCUUGCAUGUUUUCAAUCAGCCGUGCUACUAAAAAACACCCAUACCAGGUGUUAAAAUGUAAACAGGGUGCAGUGACAAACGGUCUCCUCUCAGUGUCGCUCUUUCACUGACAGGAAAAGAAAGGAGAGCUCUAGUUCUUCUCUGCUAUGUGAACAUGAAAGAGCUUUUACAACCCACCUGGUGGUUUCUAUUGUACCUGCUAUUACUCCUCAACAGUAUCUAACUCAUCAUUAAUGCACUGAUAUUCACAUUCAACUUUAUGGCUCCAGUCAUAGAGUUCAGGUAGAUUAUGGAGGGCUGUAGUAUUAGGCGUUACACCAGAAUGUCACCCACUGCUCUAAACCUUUAAAAUCUGACAUAACAACAGAGGUAAUCGUCUGUCGUACUCCUGGAGACUUUUGUUUGCAGGUUCGACUCUUGUUCUGAUUCAUUCAUCAAAAUUAAUACUAAGCGUGGCGUGGAAGGCCAGGUUCAUGCUGAACAAGCCGGCCACCUCUAGGGUGUCUUAAAACUAGAACUAUCAUUCAUCAUGAUUGAUGGGCCCAUGAGCUCAGGUGGCAUUUCAUGUUUGCUUUUGGUGCCUUGAAUUUGUGUAAUGAGUGAGCUAACAUGGCCCUGUCUGAUGGUGUCAAAGUUGUUAGGUUUUUUUGUACGUGUUUGACAGUGAUGACAAAUGAUUUGAUUUCAAAGAAAAAUGUGAACGCUUUAAGAGAGUAAAAAUAAUUAACUCAGAAGGCCUGGAGAGUGACAACCCUGACAAGUGGUUUGAAAGGUAUGAAACAUGAAGUUAAAAAAUGUUCUUUGGAAAAUAUUGCUUUGUUGUCAGAUAACUUAAAACACCUCUAACCUGUCUCUUCUUGUCACAUGUACAUUGAGAAGAUCGUGUGUGUGUGUGUGUGUGUGAGUGAGUGUGUGUCGGUACGGGGAUCAUGCAUGUGCUUGCAGGUCCUUAGUUCUUGAAUUUUGUUAAUUAUAUGUAUCAUGUGUGUUUAUGACAGAGCUGGUGUUGACAGUUGAGAUAGUUGGUUUGGUCACAUUGAUGCUCCUGAGCGAACUGAAAGAGGGGAAAAAAAGAGUUUGAGUCCUUUAGGGAAUACGUGGAAACAUGUUCAUGCAAAGUAAGAAGGAAGUUGUUUUAUGACACUUUAUUAUAGUGUUUAAAUUUAGUUUUGGGUGAGGUGGUCCUGACUCAUAACAGUAAAACAUCCAUUUAUUUUGUAGUGACAUGAGUCUAUAACCCUGUUCUGAGUCAGUAGAGUAGCAACAAAAUGAUAAAAAAAUAUAUCACCCACAGUUUUAUGGAGUCUGAGAUAGGGAUGGGCGAUAAAUUAUCAUUUGCGAUUUAUCUUGAGGGAGAUUCUCCACGAUAAACAUUUGCCAUCUCACGAUAAAUGCAAGUUGAUGGCGUAAGCGCGAGCGACGGACUGGAAGAAACAAACAUCGCCGCAGGUGGUGAAGAAGACGUCUCUGAGCAGGUUGUUGCUAAACGAGGCGCCACAUGAGGGAUUUCCUUUAAGAUUGGGGUUUUGACGAAUGUCAUCAGGUGUGCCUGACAUCGGACAGCGGAUCUGCUGAUGUUGUGUUUUCACAUUUCACUAGUUUUCUCUGUAACCUACCACUUACACUUGUCGUUAAGUAUUUAUCUGAUUAUUCCAACCAGUAAUGCCUUCCAAGAACAAUGAUUGUGAGGUUCUCAAGACAGAGUGAGUAAAAAAUAUGGAUUGGAAUUUUAAUAUUUUUUAUCAUUAUCGACAAAAUGGCAAAACUUAUCUGGAUAAAUUUUUUAGCCUAUAUCGCCCAUCCCUAGUCUAAGAUGAUUAUAUCAAACCAAGAAUGUUUUGAUCCCUGGUUAUCUGCCUGUCCUUUAGUCUUUCACAUAUCAAUUCAAUUCAAUUCAACUUUAUUUAUAAGGCACUUUUCAUACAAAAGAAAAUGCUAUUCAAAGUGCCUUACAGAGGCUAAAAACAACAAAUUUAAGAUAUAUUGUUAGAGACAUGGCCUGACACCGAGACAUUACAUGAGGAAAGAGCUAUCUUUAGGAAACAGUGGAGAUAAAAAUAGAGAUAAAAAUAGAUAGAUAGAUAGAGAACUUUAUUAAUCCCCGAGGGGAAAUUCGGUUGUUGUAGUAGCCGAUACAAGCAAUACAAGAGAAAUACAAAAAAUAGAUAAAAUAUACAAGACUAUACAAGACUAUACAAGGUAAUGAAUGAAUAUGAGUACUUAAAUAGUAUGUGCUAAGAUGAAUGAAUCUGUAAGUGUAGAUGUGCAAAGGAGAAAUGUGCAAAAGUGAUAAAAAUAUUGUAUGAUACUUAUAUGUGCUUAAUAUAACUUAAUUACAACCUAAAAAAUGGUGAAAAGAGUAAAACCAGGUGGACUAAAACAAGAAUAUAAUAAUAUUAAAUGAACAAAUAAGUAAAAGGGGUAAAAGAAGUAAAAACCUGUGACGGGAAAUUAAGAGAAAGACUAAGAACAGGGAGAAUAAAUAGAAUGACAUUUGUCAGCACUCUUGCAGCUGAAUUCUGUAAAAUCACCAGUAUCAAAUACACAACACCCUGAUGUGGUGAUGGAGACCUAAGAAAGAGUCAAGUCUGGAGUUGAUUGGAAGGACAAUUCCUGGAGACAAUAUUCAUAACAACAUAAAUGGCACGGUUUCUAAACCAGCACACCUUCUUCACACCAGUAAUGCCGAGCAAUUUGUACAUUCCAAACAGUCAUCCACAUCAAAAAGCAAGCCUGGCAGGCACAGCAUUUCUAGGACUUAAUGGGUUGUAUUAUAUCCCUCUGUAAAUAACUGUGCCAAGAUCUUCCUCCUACUUGUGCUACUUAUUAAAUAUUACAUAUACAAAUAUUUUCACCAUCACUGUUGACAUACCGGGUUUCAGAGGCAGGAUUUUAUCGUCCUGUGUUGUCAUGAUCACACAGUAAAUCGUUUUGCUCUUUCGGAAAAUAAAGCGACAACAAUACAUGCAGCACAUUGCAAGCUCGUUUGUGUGUCUGCAUUCAAUCCAGAACACAGUGUGUUGUUUGACCCGCUUCUGCACACAGAAAUACAACACAACUCGGCAAGCAACAGAUUUUCUAUUUGUCCCAUGAGCGAUUACGUCUCAUCCCGUAGCAGGCUAAUGCUGUGUGAGGUGAAGUGCCAGAAGUAUAAAAAAUCUUAUUCUUUGGCGUUGACCUGUAAAAGUAAACAAUGGCACAUUCAGGCAUGGGUGCUGGAUCCACCUGCAGUGACACGCCACGCCAAAACUAAUAGAGGUGGCUGUUUGGAUACAAGUCCUGUGAUGCCAGUGUUGUUUGGACUGCUAAGCCGCCUCAUUAUAUUUCUUUAUUCAACCCUUUAGGACUGACGUGUGUGAGGCUGUCAGUUGACUUUGACCUCAGGUGAACAGUUUGACUUUGAGAAAACAAGUGAAACAACAAAAUCAGAGUGACAGAAAGCUGUGCGACUAAGUUGUACUAAAACCUGCAGCUGAUAAGCCACCAGCUAACGUCCUCUUGUGUCUAAAACUGGUGCAUAUCAAAUUCUCAAGUCUCCAAACUGAUUUUUUUUAUUUUUAUACUCCUUUACGUCGACCUCAGCUGACGCAUUGUUUUGUUUCUAGUCACAGAGGAUCAGAGUGGUUGAGUAUUCUCAUGGUGAACUUAACUGUCUCUUUCUUGCUAAAUCCUAAAUCCUCUUUUCAGUCGAGGAAAAAACUGCCUCCAUUACGGUAAAGCAGAACUUGAGCAGGUCAGUGUGAUGCUGAAGGCGGUGCUAAAUUGGGUGGAAUAGGGUGUGUAAGUACUUUUGCACAUUAAGUUGUGCAUGUGUGCGUGUGCGUGUGUGUGUGUGUGUGUGUGUGUGUGUGUGUGUGCGUGUGUGUGUGUGUGUGUGUGUGUGUGUGUGUGUGUGUGUGUGUGUGUGUGUGAGUUGGAGGAGGUGGCAAUGUCCCAAGGUCAUGUUGACAGUCCACACACAGACAGCGCCAGGGCUGUUGACCCGCUUUGCAUGUUUUGUGUGUGAGUGUGUGCCGGGACUUGGUUUGGGCCAAGUUGGAGUGUUUACUAAGGGAGUGGAUCAUGCCACUUUAUGCAAGAGGGUGUGUGUGCGUUGUGCGUAUGUGGAAGUGUGUGGUUAGUUUUUGAUAAAACAAGUUUUAGUGUCAGGACGAGGCGUACACAUGUUUUUGUUCAGAUGAGGGCAAGGAGCGAGGGGACCGCUGUACUCAGUCGGAGUCCUUAUGAUAACUGUGUGCGGGCCCGUGUGUGUGUGUGUGUGUGUGUGCAUGUAUUUAUGUGCAUUCAUGCAUGCAUUUUUCACAUCCUAAAGCUAACUCUUCAACUCUGUUCUGUUGAUGCAGGGCAGCAGUCUGUGUUUGUCUAACACAUACCCGACUCUCUUAAGAGAGUUUACAGUCUCCCUGUGCGUCUGAGUUUGAGUGUCACACAUAUGUCAGGUUUGUCUUGACUUCUCCGAGGAGUCAUAUGUUUGUACAAUGACUCUGCUGGUUUCAGCAUGUCUCGCUGAUGCAAACACAAAGGCAUACAUGUUAACCUCAUGCAGCACAAAGAGCACUAUUGUUAUUGGCUGUGCGCGUGUGUGCACGGUUUGUAUGCUCGUCUGUUUAAGGAUAUCUUUUGCAGGAGUAGAAGGGAAACUUAUCUCACACAUUUCUCCGUUGUUGCAAAAGAUAAGCAUCAAAUUUACAUACCUUUGCCAAGCGAUGGUAUGUGUGUUUGUGUGGGUGUGUGUGUGUGUGUGCAUAGGUGUAUGUGUCUGUGCACACAGUCAAAGUGAACCGUGAUGUUCUGAAAGAAGGCAAGUGCUAUCUGGAUGGUUGUUAUGUCCUUCCUCUAAACAACAUUGGGUAUUUUGAGGUUGGGAUCCACCCUGUACUUUGGGGUGGAGUCACACAAACACAUUUUUUUUAACUGUGUGCGUUGCACCCAAGUGUGUCAAAUAUAUCUAUGUUUAGUAGUUUUAUUUUUAUUUUGCAGAGUGUUUGAGGAAUUUUUGUAGAAUGAACUUUGUUAAGCUGUUGAGCUGAAGUUCAACUUGAAGUUGUAAAUGAUUUUUUAAAAAAGGGGAAAAAAAUCACAAAAAAAGAGUUUUAGGUGUUUGUUCUGACAUUUGGUUCAUUUAUAACUUUGUUGUUUCAUACAGCCUACUUGUAAAAUAUAAAACUUAAAUUACUCUACAUAGUGUGAUAAUAAAUAUGUUAAGUCCUUGUAAAACGUAAUCUGAUCUAAUGUAUGAAAAUGUCAUGUGUCUUUCAGAACGAGGCGAUUCCUGUCUAGACUCAGGUCUAGUUUGUGGUGGCCAGGUGGGAGUUGGAGGAGUUGUGGACUUGUCUGUCAGUGUGGUGCCCGAGGAGGGGACAAGGAGAAGUAAAGAAGAGCUCAGGGAGCUUUGGAGGAAGGCCAUCCUGCAGCAGAUCCUCCUGCAGAGGAUGGAGAGGGAGAACCAGAAACUGCAAGGUAAACUUGUAAGAAACAUCGAAACAAACAAAUGAACACACAGAGUUACAUCAGCAUCAACUUACAAGUAGGACUGGGCGAUUUGGCCAAAAAGAUGAUCACGAUAUACUUUGUCAUAUUGUCCGAUCUCGAUUAUUAUCACGAUUCUUUUUUAAAGUGCCAGUUUUUAAGCAUAAAUAGAUAAAUAAGAUAAGUUAGAUAACUUUUCUUCUCAACAAUAACAUCUUGUGAGGAUGACUCAAAGUCAUGGCUGACAUCUUUUUUACUGCCCUCAGCUCCACGUUCGGUUACUCCGUUUACUUGUCCAGCAACUUACAGAAGUGAGCAGGAAAAGCUCGACUCUGAUUGGCUGUUGCGAUGUACAUUUUCGCCACGUUUGAUCGAGUAAAUAAGCUCACAGCUGAUCACUGUGAUCGAACUGAAAUUUAUCCCGAUCAUUAAUCCCGAUCAUGUAAUCGCCCAGUCCUGCUUACAAGUCUUUUAGGCUAUUAAACAGCUGCCUGUUGUAUGUUUCUGCACUCGUACUCUAAUAAUGAGAAAAUGCAGUGAUGAUGACACUGAAAGUACAGUGCUUUUCCUAUCAUAAUAAAGUUUCCUCACCUAAGAAUAUAUAUUUCACCCCGGAAUAGGUUAGUUAAGAGGGAAUGCUAGAUAAAACACCUUUCUUUAAUAAGAAUAAUUCCACAGUUCAGGGGAAAAGGGAAUCUCAUUUGUCUGGACUCUCAUGUCUCAUGUAAGAGGUUUACUAAGGUUUCUAUGGUUGAUUUUGUUGAAUCACAACAAGUUUUAUAACUGUCUGGUCCUGCAGAGUUAGCUGGGAUUAACAGUCUGUCUGUAUAAUAAAAAGAACAUCAGUUGUUAUUCACUGAGCAGCGUCAGCAUCACUCACACGGUGAUUCUGUUGAAUGACACGUGAAUUAAAUUUCUCUUGAAGCCAAACAGCAAGACAAACAAGUCUUAAAUUGAUCCGUCUUUGGCAUCCUGCCUUUUCAGAUGUGCUCUGAAGUACACACACACACACACACACACAGGUCAGACACUUGAGCAUACACCUCUUUAUUUUAUUUUUCAUACAGGUAUAAAAGACCCACUAUCAAUGCACAGGUUAUAUAAUAUGUAGGUGUGUGUAUGUGUGUGUGUGUGUGCCUCGAUUGUAUCUGAGGGUGUGCCGAGCGCACCGCCUUUUUUUUGACCCAGUUGGCCGCCUACCAACACACGUCAUGUAAUGCACCACACCCUAACUACCUGGUCUGUUUACAAAGCAUUAAUUCACAGACACACAGCAGUUCAUCCAUCACACAGGUAGACGUAACUGUCUUCAUGCUGAAUAUGACUGAUUUUUAUUGAGAGAAUGUGGGUCAGAGCUGAUGUAAGUCAAACAUCAGCGCUGUAAAACCAGAGCAGUGACCCUGCUGCACCGAUGGCUGCACUCACACUGUACGAGCGAACAUCCAAAUCUGUGAGUGUGGUGAAACUUUCUGUUAUUCUGGUUUUAUGAUGUUUUAUUGCUUCAACACGGUGUACUUCACCUUUCUGUCUGCUGUCUGUGUGGAAACCAAAUCCCCGUCCCACUCUCUUCAAUUUAUCUCUCCGUUGCCUCCUUUUAUAGGUCAACUGGAAAAGUGCGCGUGUUUGUCACGGCCAGGGUGGAAUUUUUUAUCAUGUUGUCCUAUCAUAGGCGUAGUUCUCAGUCGACACAAAGGGAAAGAAGUAGAGCGCAGCAGGAGGCGAGGAAAGGAGGAGAGAAUAAGGGCCGGCUGGGCUGCAGCCAGCAUGCGAGUCCUGCUGGACGAGACUGUGCCUGUCUGAGACAGCUGAUAAGGCAGACAGCAGAGCCACAGCCUCUGAAGCAGCAUCUAUUCUUACUCUGGGUGUGGCGGCUACCAGGCCAUCCCACUUUUCUUCCUCAAUUAUCCAGGAUUCACAUUCCAGGUCACUCCUGCUCCUCUGCUGUCUUUGACUACUGAGCCAUGAUAAAUAGUGCCACAUAUGAACCUCUCAUGAUGGGCUCCGUUCAUUUUGAUCCUUUUUUUUUAUAUUAUAUAGGAGUUCAGUGUGUGCUAUUAGACAUUUAGUGAAAACUCCUUCUUUAAGGUAGUGAAUAAUCAUGUUUUUGUUUGUUAGUUCCUGUCCUCUGACGCCUUUACAAGUUGGACCAUUUUUUUUAGAUGUGCAGAUAUAUUUAAAUCAUUCCACCCCUGCACAGGUCAGCUCAGGAAGUGGCCUACUGCCUCUUUCCUGUCCGACAAUAAUGAAGUCACUCUACCCAAGCUGGGCGCUGGGUGGACGCCACACAUGAGCGGAAAGGGCGGGAAAAUCCUUCUGGGAAAGGAGGGAUAAAAGAGAGUGAGAGUACGACUUUGAUGAGACAAACGUUGGAUUGAAUGAGGAGAAGGGAGCUGAGUGUUCGCAGAAAAACAAAAAAAGAAAUGGAGGGUUGUGGGCUAAAUUGGGGGAGGGAGAGAGGAAGGGUGUUGUCAAAGAAAUGCACAUAUGAGGGACGCUGGGUGUGCCCUCACCUUCUUUCAUCACUGGUGUCAACAUGUUAAAACGGAAUUCACAGUUUGUGUCUGUCUGUGCUGUUUUUAUCCAAGUCCAGGUCAGCACCCUGGCUGGCCUGUGUCUCUAUUGUUACAGUUAUUAAUAAAUCUGUUCUGCUGCAGGCACUUUUAUCCAGAGGCAAAUCUUUAGGAAUCCACAGUACAUGACCAAAUCAACCUCAGACAGCAGGAAAGCACAGUUGUUGUAGCUGGUGAGCACAAUACAACAUGUAGAUUUGAUGCGUUCUGUGAAAUUGGGUAACACUUUACUUGACGCCUAUCUCUGUAACACAUUAUAAAUACAUGUGUAAUGCAUUAUAACCACAUUAUAACCACAGUUAUAAAUGAUCAUAAUGCUUUAUAACAAUAAUCAUAACACAUUAUAAAGCUUUUUAUCAUGACUUACAAGGUCAGGUAUUAUAAUGUAUUAUGCUUAUUGCUAUAAAGUCUUAUGAUAAUUAAUGAGUGUUUAUAAUGAUAGUUAUACAAGUUUAUGAGCAAAUUAUAACACAUCAUAAAUAAAUGUAUAAUACUUUAUCUAUGUGGACAUUAUCAGUGAGUCGUUAACAGUUAUAACACAUUAUAAUACCUGACUCUGUAAGUCAUGAUAAAAUGCUUUAUAAUGUGUUAUGAUUAUUGCUAUAGAGCAUUAUGAUCAUUUAUGAGUGUUUAUAACUAUAGUUAUACAGUGCUAUAACAUGAUUAUAACGCAUCAUACAUAUAUUUAUAAUGCGUUACAGAGAGAGGCAUCAAGUGUCACCUGAAAUUGUAUUUAUCCUCUUUCUGGAUUAAGUGAACACGCCUCUGAAAAAAGUAUAGUCUGCAGUUACAGUCACGCUUUCCUCCAAAAAAGUGUGUUCAAGUUGAUAAUGUGUAAAAAUAUGAUGGCAUUGAAUUCACUAUCUGGUCUAAGAUGCAGGUUGUAAUUACAAAAGGAUCAUUUGGGUUGGCAAAUAUUGUCCAGGGUUGGGUUCAUUGUGCAGAGUGAAGGCAGCAGCGUCAUCCUUGCGUCUCACCAGGUAGGUUUAAUAGCUAUGGAGAACUAAAAUUCAGCUGCAUUAACUUCACUUAAAACAAACAGAGGACACGUAGCAACCACGCACAACACAGGGCAGAUAAGAGGUGAUGAGGAUGUCACUUCAUUGAUUUGGUUUUUUUUUACUUGUGCUGCAGCCUCAGAGAGUGAUCUGCAGAACAAACGUCUGAAGCUGGACUACGAGGAAAUCACUCCGUGUCUGAAGGAGGUCACUCUGGUCUGGGAGAAGAUGCUGGGAACUCCAGGGCGGGCCAAAGUGAAAUUUGACCCAGAGACCAUACAUGCUGCUGUUGCACAAGGUACAUAUCUUUUCCAUGAAUCAGUGAAUCUGUCUGUGCUUCUCUGAAAUGUUUGUCCCUUUUGCAAGAUCACAUGUACUGGCAAAUACUCAUUAAGCCUAACGUUUUAAACUAACAUCGUAAAAACAUCAACUGGGACCAUUCUCCUCACUCAGGGAAGAACAUAACAUCAACAGUGUAUUCAAGUGUCUGAUUGUGCACACAGUAAAGUCGGUGUGGAUGUUACUUUUCCCCAUGGGCCUACCGCUCACACUGCGCUAGAUGACAUUCCUGUUCUUUUUCUAGUAUUGGCAUGUCGUGCACAGAGGACAGAGGGGUUAUUUCUGCUGUUUAAGAACAACGUGAAAUAACCUUGAGAGCUCGUCUGUUACCGUAUGAAAAGACAUCAUUAAAUGAAGGCAGAAAGAGGUUUAAGUAGAUGCUAUAAAAGUCCUGUGAUGAAAUAUUCUCCUGUGAUCUGAACAAGCUCAGAGUUACUUUGGUGUUUUAAUUUUGUUUUCCUUGAAAAAGGGUUUAUUUGAUUGAAUUUGCCUAUCGUUCAACUAAAUCCUUUCAUGGUCUAUUUCACAUCUCUGCUCUCUCAUUAAAGCCAUUAAAAUGAAACAGUCUUUUCACCGACAAACAACCCAAACCAAAGCUCACACACUCAAGUAUAAUCUGUUUUCAAUUUACCCUUGCAUACACUGAAGGGCGAAAAUAAGAAUCGGGUUUAGGUGAUAUGAAAGAGUUUUUGCAGCUUGAAGCAGGUACCUGACACGCAGUUGAAAACCCAUAAUGAUGCUAAAGAGAACCGAUAUGUAAACUAUAAAACAGCAAAAUGCCUUUUAUAAAAGAAGUGAGAUUUAUGUGAGCAGCUGUCAACAAAUGUAGGUGAGCUCAUCCCCUGAUUUACCGUUUCAGCCAUAUGACUCACUAACCCUGAGGUAUUAGUCAUACGAGGAAGACUCCUCACAAGAAUAUGCACAUUUCUCAAAUUGUUGAAAAUUUGCUUUUAUACAGUCGCUUCAGGCCCUCCGAUGAGAAUGCAGUCGUACAGGGCAGAUUCAGGGUGUCAGUGGGCGUACAUUAACUGGGUGUGUCUGACAUGCCGUUAGCAAAUUUUAUCAGGAUGCAAAUAUCGGCGAAACUUGAACUGCUAGGGGAAAAAAAUCAGGUCUCUUUAUCAGACCUAAUAAUCAAACUCUAGUCUCAAAUUGAAAUAAAAACUGGAUAUAAUGGGAUUGAAAUUCAGCAGGGGAUGAUACAUACUCUGAAUAAAUACUCUAGAUGCCCCACUCGACCAGGAUUAGGGACAUUUUCUUGCGUGGAUUUUAUAUUUUAGUCAAGAAUAGACUGAAUGAAAGACCCUGUGAAAAAUCUCUGUUUGACAAACUGACACUACCAGUUCAUCACUCAGUCAAAGUAAUUACUGGGCUGACAUACGGUAUUUUUACAGCCAUGUUAAGUCUUCUUUAAGUACUUUAAGCCCCCUGAGAUUGACCACAUUGUCAAGUCUUAACAUCAGACCCCCUUACGUUUUGCAUACCUCAGACAGAAUUUGCAUAGUACCGAUAAAAAUCACGCUUUUACAAGGACUGCACCUGAACGCCUCACAGUUAAAGCAGAUUAACAUGUCACACCACCUUUGAACUACCCCGUUCGUCUCAUCCACACCCCCUCCCACCCUUCUCCUCUUCCAUCUCUGUCAUAUCCGGCAGGUGUCCCACGGCAGCAUCGCGGCGAGAUCUGGAAGUUUCUCUCUGAACAGUACCUGCUCAGGCAGACGGUCCCGUCCCGACCGCCUGCCAAUCACACUCCCUACAAAGAGCUGCUGAAACAGCUCACAUCACAGCAACAUGCCAUCCUCAUAGAUCUGGGUAAUUAACACACGCAUAUGCAUGUCUCUUUUUUUGUUCUUUGUUGUUUUUGUUUUGAUUUUUUUUUGUCUAAUAACCUGCUGUCUUUGAAAAUUAAUGUAUUGAAAAAAUCAAUAUAUUGCUGAUAGUCUCUCUUACUUUUUUGCACUUAUUUUAGUGUGUUUCAUCCAAUCCAUUUUGUUUAUUUAGCAAGAUUUAAGCAAAUGCAGGGUUUCCAAAAUGCUGCACAAAAACACAAUAAAUAACCAUCAAAACUCUUUACAGGAGCGUCAACAUUUUGCAGUUUAAUCAGGAAAAAUAUCCAAAAUACAGUUCAGUUACCAAACUGUGUUUCAAACCUCAUUUUGACAGUUCCGCCCUAAAAUUGUCACGUCUCCUGCCCAAAAACCCACUAACACACACACAACAUCUACACCCCACCCAUUUAACACCCACAUUCAUCAAAAACCUAAUUCUUACAUACACAUCCACCCCAGCAGCACUUCACCUCUGUUUGCUGUUGACCCCGUGUCUUUCAUCUGUCGAUCAGUGUUAUUCGCUCUGCAUCAUGUAGGGUGGGGGCAGAGGAAACGGCGUGCACAGUGACAGUUGACAGUAUAGUCCUAUGUAAAGGUGUAAUACGCUAUAGGAUGAAAACAGGGUGUAUGUGAAGCUGCAGAAAAGUCUGCAGGAUGAAAACACAAAAGCCACGAUUGAGCAGAUCAGUUAACGAAUGUUAGGUAAGAGGGCGUCUAUUUUAAAGGUGCAAGGCUGUAAAGCGCGGCACUCCCACACCUCACAUUACAGUCAACACACACACAUACAUACAUACACGCUCUCUUAGCUUGAGGCAGGGGAGGGAGCCGUGGCAUUAUGUUCACAAACAUAAAGCCCCUCUAGCACAUUCCACGAAUACACACUCAUACCGUCGUCAUUGUCUUCUCCACAGCUUCACUGUCACACACUGUAAGUCAAGAAGUCCUAAGUCCCAAAACACACACACACCUGCCAAUUACCCGCCUGUCCACAGUAAGAAUGUCUUUUACAGAUCCCAGGUCAUUAUGUUGUCACCUUUGAAAGGCACACGUCCCAUCCUGCGUUACAUGUUAAGCUGCGGAGGGAGGGUAUGUGGUCUUUACUCAAACACGCAUUCAUGUGUAUGCCUGUUUUUAUGAACAUGUUUGCGAACAUGGCAACCUGGAAUAAGUUGGCACAUGCUCUCGUGCUCUUGAUGCACUCAGCUCUUUCUUUUUUAAACAUUAACAGCAGAGUGUUGAGUCUCUCAUCCUAAGGUGAAGUUUAGCUGCUUCAUUCAAACAGGUGGCGCACACACACACCCACAGGCUUUGGUGUCCUGUGGAUCAUUAGGGGUUCUUUUCAGGAUUGAGCAGAAAAAAUGAAGAAAAUCACAUCGAUUAAAGUUCUGUUUUAGAUGGAAAUCAGGUUGAUCCCAGACAUCACAGAGACACGGUGUCUAGAAGAGGAAUUCCUACUCAAAGUAAACAGCGUAUGUAGAUCAUAUCUGCUCUUUUCUUCUGCUCUAGGUCGCACUUUUCCCACUCAUCCAUAUUUCCAAGCUCAGCUGGGUGCAGGACAGCUGUCUCUGUUUAAUUUACUGAAAGCCUACUCCCUGCUGGACCCUGAGGUAUGAUCUAAUUCUUCCCUUUAGUAUUCCCUUUGGCUUCUUCCUCUUUCACUUUCUUUUUAGUAUCCUCCCACACCCCCCGUUCGAUGAGGCAAAUAGAAGUGUGGACUGUUGUCCUUCUUUUAGCUCUUUGUCCUCCUUCCCUGUCUGUGUUGACGUCAGGUCUGCUGUUGUUUUUGCAGGUGGGCUACUGCCAGGGCCUGUCCUUCAUUGCUGGAGUGCUGCUGUUACAUAUGGGGGAGGAGGACGCCUUCAACAUGCUCAAAUUUCUCAUGUUUGACGUUGGGCUCCGCAAGCAAUACAGGCCUGACAUGAUCAUCCUACAGGUAGUGUGCACACAGAACAUCUUUGUGUGUCACAUUUACUGUAUGUGGAUGAUUGCCUCACAGCCAUUCUUGAAUUACAUCACUGUGUGUUUAUGUGUCAGUCUAUUUAUACGAUGGCAGGUCGAAGAAUAACAUUGAUCAGCUUGUGUUUUUCUUUUUUUAGUUUAAACCUCAUCAGCGUUAGUUAUUACCUAGUUUCUGUGGAAAUUCUGCACCCUUUAUUCUGAUGCAGAGGUUAACAAGAUACCUUUGAUGCAGGUUUUGUUGCCUUUUAAUCUCCAUCAGCAUCAAAAACUAAAGAAGAAACUAAAUCUGGUCUUUUACUUGGUGGUACGAUUCAGUUACCAGCUUAGCUCUGACUUGUACAACACUGCCUUCAUUAAAACAAACAAAGUGUGAAAUGAUGUUUAUAGUGAUAAAGAUGUCCACACUCUCCCAGACUAACACUGUUUUAUGCUGUUCAUAUCAGAUUCAGAUGUACCAGCUGUCGCGGCUGCUCCACGACUACCACAGGGAUCUUUACAGCCACCUGGAGCAGCAGGAGAUCGGGCCCAGUCUGUACGCCACCCCCUGGUUCCUCACCGCUUUUGCCUCGCACUUCCCCCUAGGCUUCGUGGCCCGAGUCUUCGGUAAUCUUCGAGAGCUGGACCCGUCGACCACGCUUGAUUUUUAAUCAACACUGUCUGUUUUCCCCAGAAGUCGUCUUUUAAGGUUGUCUCUGAUCUCCAGAACAGGGGAACAGGGGAGGGGGGAAACGAAAAGAAGGAGAGGUGUGAUUGGAAAAAUUGGAGAAGCAGCAAAAAAAAGGUUGUGAAGCAAAAUUCAUAGAAGUUUGACAGAUAAGAUAAACUAAACCUCAGGAUGAUGACCCGUUUUUUACAGUAUAUGAGUCACAUACACAGAGAUAUCUCAGAUAAAGUAGUCUUUGGGGAACACUCUGAUGUUUUCCUCUGUAGUGACCCUUAAAGCAUCGAUGUAGACAUGAUCACACCCACCGCCCCUUCAUAAAGGUCUCUCUUUUUUCAUGUCUUUCUUCUCUCUCAUUCCUUUCCUACUGUUGUUUUCACGCCUAAUUUCCUACACUCUGCUCGGUCAGUGAACCAGACUCACUGGCUCCUUGUGCUCAUCUGAGCGUAACGGUGUGUGGGCAUGUGUGUUUGCGUACGUAUGUGUGUGUGUGUGUGUGUGUGUGUGUGUAUACAUGUGUGUUGGAGGGCACCGAUACCAUUGUAGUGCUGUUAAGACUUUGAUAUCACACCACCACUCCCAUUCCUUAAUGUGUUAUGUGAUCUCAUGCAAUCCUGCCUAACCCUUACUCCACCCUGAUGCAUUCACAGCAAGCACACUAAUAAACACACCUCUGCUGCCUCUUCAUAUUCACUCUGACCUAUAUUUAUGUUUGUUUUAACCUUUUUUUAUUGACGUCAAUCAUCUGUCAUCUAAAAAACUCUUCCAGUCACCGGUCUUCUCUGAAAUCUGCUCCAUCAGUGUCCGUCACUGUUAAUUUCAGGUUUUUAAUGGACCCGCCCACUUAUUGUUUCUCUCUCCUUUGUCAGAUAUGUUGUUCCUACAGGGGUCAGAGGUCAUUUUUAAGGUAGCCCUGAGCCUGCUGGGGAGCCACAAGCCUCUGAUCCUGCAGCACGAGAACCUGGAGUCUAUUGUGGACUUCAUCAAGACCACACUGCCAAACCUGGGCCUAGUGCAGAUGGAGAAAACCAUCAACCAGGUCAGAGCAGGAAACUGGUGGUUACUUUUGACUACAACUAUCAACUGAGGGUGAACUGGGAAAGAGUGCAGAGGGACCUAUUUCUCUGUCAAUAUUAUAUUUUUGGCACUAAACAGUCUUCAUUUAUCUUGUCCUCUAAUGAGGGUGUCUUCUUAGAAAAAUCAAAUCCUGUUCAUACAUUAUUUAUCAUAAAUAUUGAACAGCUGUUUCCUUAACUGUUUGGCUAAAAUCUACCCCCUUUGUGCCAGUUUCAGGUUUAAAAGAUUUUAAAGUAAAAACAGUCAUGUUGCUGAUAGUCUCGUUUGCUUCCGGAUAUUUUUAAAAGGCUUCAAUAUGAAUUUCAGUCAGUUUCAUAGAUGUCGAAACACUUCCCACAGGAGCUUUACCUGGUCCUGUUUUUUUUUUGGAGGGGUGUGUAAUUUUAGCUGAGUUGUGUUUCGUAACAAAUUGAGAAAACCAAAAGUAGGUUGUACUGUUUAAUCCAAACAAACGAGAAGUCUGGUAUUUAUCUCCAACAAAAAGGCACAAGAAUUUCAAUAAGGAUGGGAAUGGUAUAGAUUUAUCAGUAUAGAUAUUGGUACUGAUAGAGCUUAUCUGCUUAUACCAACACUUAUCAAUGCAGUCUUUUGAUACAGAUACUUGUCCAAACUAUUCUCCAGUAUUUUGUGGGAAAAACAUCACUUUACUUCCUUGUUCCACAGGAUUUAACUCAACGGUGUGAUUACUGUGAAGUCUGAUAACUUGUGACUCUGGCUGUUCAUAUGAAGGACAUCCUAGAAAUAACACCAGAGGGGCGUUGGCAUAAAUUGCUUUGCUCAAGCAGGAAGCACAUUGCUCUACUUUAGAUUCAUAGAAUUCUUGAUCUAACCCCCUUUAGGUUUUUUUUUUUUACUAGUGUCGCCAAACAAUAAAAAAAAAUUUGAAUCACACCCUCUUCAGCUCCCUCAAAACUACCAGAGCCCACACAGCUCAUCACACACGCCGUUACAGAUAGGGUACGAAGGGCCUAUUACACAAAAUCAUAGAUGCAAACUAGGGCUGGACGAUAUGGCCUCAAAUCAAUAUCACGAUAUAUUGAGCAGUUCACCUCGAUAACGAUAAAUGGAGGAUAAAUACUCCACAAGCUGCUCACCCCCUCCCACAUUAACUUCGUCUACUUCAGCCGCUGCUCCAGCUCCAUCUCCUCACCUGUCUUUCCCUCUUUGUUGGACUGGAUGGGGUAGAGUCACGUCUCUGUUGUAGGACAACGUCCUUAAGGGACAUGAGACCGUAGCCUACCUACACACAUCCAAAACCAACUUUUAUUUAUUUAUAUUUUUGACAUUGAAUUUAUUGACAUUGGCAAAAUGACGUUGGUUAUUGUCGUUAAUUUCGGUAUCAGUAAAUUUUCAGUUUAUCGCCCAGCCCUACUGCAAACUCAAGACCACUCAGGCAAGAGUGUUUGCACUUUCGCCGCACACAACAACUGCAAUACAGGAAGUUUGUUAGGAUGACCAUUACUGCCUUGUUAGAGCCGGUAACAACAACUCAAAAUGUAGUUUAAAAAAAUGUAAUAAAACCUGAAAUGUGAUAAUUGACCCCUAAUGUAUAAAGUUUCUGCAUUUCAGGCAAAAAGCCAUAAAGUUUCAGGCUCAACAUCUUGUUACAUUAUUGGUCAGUUAUUACAUUUCGGGUUUUAUUACAUUAUUUCUGUUACAUUUCAGAUUGUUGUUACAUGUCAGGGUCUAACAUGACUAAAUAUAACAGACAAUAUUAAUAAACUUAUCCCAGUGCGAUGCAUGGAGCCUCUUUUUCAAGUCGUAUAGAUGUUCCAUCUCUUUCAAAGUGACAGUUUUGAAGUCAGAUCACCGUUAGUCCCUGUGAUCACUGCUGCUGCGUAACAUAACUGCAGGAUACCUUUUGACCUAAGUCUGUGUCUCAAAUAUUUAUCAACAAUUAAAAUUUCUAAGGAUAAUGAUUGAAAUGUACAUAAAAUCAGAGAAUGCUUCUGUUCUCAUUGAGAUAAAUGUGAAGUGUCACCUUAUCACUCAAAAUCAACAAACCCCUCAACCUUGAAUGAAAAGGUCAUAGGUCAGGAAACCAGAUAACCUCAUGUGUCAGAUCCUCUCUGUUAUGUAACCGUGUUGUUAUUGCGUCUCUUAAUUCACGAGAAACAAUAAAAAUGAAAUCAUAGGACCUGAUUCUCUGACUCAUCUUGGCGAUAGAGAAGCAACAUAAUUAUCAUGUUAUGACACCACAAAAAAAGAACAGAUAUCAGUGAGUGAUAAAUAGGAUACAGUCCAACCACACCCUUUGUUUAGUGCAUGGAGGAGAGCACCUGAUGGGUGGAGUAUGAGUCAUAUAACCUUCACCUUUCAUGUCGGAAAUUAUCAUGGAAAAAAAAAGUUAAUCCGCUGAAUGAAAAUACACGUUUAACGACUCCAGAGAGGAAACAAACCACAGCUGAUCAGACUGUCUCAUGUCUUCAUCUAUGAGUCAGCCUUGUAAUCUUAUGUCAGCGCGGAGCAUUUGACAUUUUUCUAUGGAACGACUAACUGAUGAUGAUGUGUCAAAUCCACGUACAGUAGAGAGAUGUUCUCAAAGUACACUAUAGUUUAGAAAGUAUGAAUUUACAGUAUAAUUUGAACCGAUAAAACAGGAGCAUUGAGUCGUGCUGGAGCUUGUUAGUACUUUCCUUUAAGUGCCAUUUAACCACACCAGGGUGUCUGUGAGCUGGCUGUGGUCGGACUGCUGAACGUGUAUAAGGGGGUUUAUCUUCUGCUUUGGAGCAUCAUGGGACAACAAGCUGCUCCACAUGAGUCUUUGGUGGCUUUGACCUUUUGUCCCUGUUGUGGUCAUCUUUCCUAUCAGUACUGAUAACACUGGACUCAUCAUGUGAGACUGUGGUUGAGUUUCAGAUCUCUGUGUAGAAGUUUUGUACAAAUUAUAGUUAAAAACAAACUUUUUAUUGAAGGGAAGAAACCAAAAGAAAGCUGAUAUCUGUACCCGCAGUAUAAAGGGGUGUUUGUUCAUUCUUUCCGCUCUUCCUCAUUAGGUAUGUGAGAUGGACGUGUCCAAACAGCUCCAGGCCUAUGAGGUGGAGUACCAUGUCCUGCAAGAUGAGCUGCUGGACACGCCCCCAACCCUCAACCAGCAACAGAGAGCCGCACAGCUGGAGAGAACGAAUCAGAGCCUCCGACAGCAGAACCUUGAUUUGUUGGAGGAGCUACAGGUGCACAUAAGCACAGAGGAAAACAUGUUAAUUUGGUUUUUGUUCAUUAAAGUUUUUGUUUAACCUUCCUUUUAUCACACACAGGUGUCACACGCCCGCGUCUGCAGCCUGGAGAGCCGGGUGGAGGCUUUGGCGCAGUCUGAGGGCCAGCUGAAAGAGCAGGUUUCUGCUCUCCAGGAGGAGAAACAGCAGCUCGCCAGCACCGUCACGCACCUCAAGGACUUCCUCGCCAGUUUAGGCAUCCUCACCACCCCUGAUGGACACGCACUCCCCCCACCCUCAGAAAGGCACACAGAGUUCGCUGAGGUGGAGGGGCAGGUGAACAGGACUGUGGAGAACCUCCCCCACCUUCUGGCUCCUCCAGAGGGAUCAUAACCACACCUGAAGACAACCUGGGGAGGAGCGGGGUGUGGUGUGGAGGCGAGAGGACGUAAAAACAUGAGGGGGGAGACAUUCAGUGACUCUCUUUCUUCCUCGACCUUUACCCUCUCUCCAGCUCGUGAAUGUUUUAAUAAAAAAAGGAAAGUCAGAGGAAGUCGGACCUAAAAGAGGGGAGAAGGAUGGAAAUCAGACGAACAGAAAUGAUUGGAGUUUGGAAUGAAAGGAUGUCCAAAAAAAAGUGCAUACUCCCAGCACUCUGAUAAUAUGAAUUCACUUUCUUCUUCUUCUUCUUUUUUAUUUGACCAGCGGUUCCCAAACAUAGCACUGUCCCACUGGGCCCUUACUGUCAAAACAUCUGUUAGAUUUGCACCUGUACAUGUGCGUUUGUCUCUGUGAGUGACUUUACUGUGUGUUUAAGUUGUUGUGUGAAUGUAACGAGGCUAAAAAGCCAAAGAUUGUUCCCAUCAGUACAAAAAAGAGAAAUGCGUUCAAACUCGAAUAUGAUCAUUCGAACACAAAGAUGAACUGUAUCCAAAAAAAGAGCGAGGAGGUGAUCAAAAGGGACAGAUGAAGAAUGGACUUCAAGAUAAAGUUCUUUAUGUUCUAAAGUGUAUCAUAAUGUAAGCUCGAUGAUGUUAGAUACUGGUGCUCGUUCUCAGAGGAGGUCGGAGGGGAACUAUUUCUGAUUCUCCUCAGUAUUCCAAAGUUUGUUUCCUGAUCCUGAAUGUUUUCAGCUUCAUUUAGCCGCAGUAGGCUGCAGGAAGAGAAACACAAUAAAUCCACUUCCUGUUUUUUCACCUUCUAGUACAGUCCAUGUGUGUAGAGAGGGGAAUAGAUGCAGGUUCAGCAGAAAAACUCACAACAAUCGCUCUGCCUUUCUCGUGCACACGUUGGUAAAUGAGUUAUUUUAAGUAAGAACAAAACAUACUUUAUUAUAUGUCUGAAAAAUUACUAGAAAACAGCUGUUGUGGGACAAUCUGUCAACUCUGAGUCACUUACUUUAUUCAACACUAAAUUCCUUCAGGCUGAGCUGCUGCUUGGUGUGUGUGUGUGUGUGUGUUUGUGUGUUUGUGUGUGUUUGUUAAUUUCUGUGUUACAGUGUGUAAGUGCACUGAUGCUAACAAAUCUGAUGAUUUACACUGUAGAAAUAUUUUGCUUUUACUCCAGACUCUUCUUGCACAAUUUGUUUUAAUUAAUUGUUCAAAUACUGAACUUUGAAAUACAUUUCAUAUCCUUCCCCACAUCUGACGCCAGUCUUCUUUCACGU